GUCUUCUGAACAAUGAGUGAUGAGGCACCCCUGGUUUCAGUUUGCUGAUUGCAAAGUAGCUGAAACUGCUACUUAAAUCAUGGAGGCAAGCUGUGAGUUUUGGAGAAAGUUCCAGAUAAAAUUGUUUCUUGCUUUUCUCCUCAUUCUCAUUCUGAGAAGAUAAUGACCCUAAGAGAGAAAAAGGCCUUCAAAAUGAAAAGAGUGCCCCCGCCCCCGUUUCCAGAGAUCAAACUCAUGACUGUGUACUUGCGAGGCAUGGCACAGUCACAAGGCUGGGUGAGAAGAUACUUCAGGGCCUUUUGCAAAGGCUUCUUCGUGGCAGUGCCUGUGGCAGUGACUUUCUUGGACCGGGUUGCCUGUGUGGCAAGAGUGGAAGGAGCAUCAAUGCAGCCUUCUUUGAAUCCUGGGGGAAGCCAGACAUCCGAUGUUGUACUUUUGAACCACUGGAAAGCAAGGAAUUUUCAAGUUCAACGUGGUGACAUUGUGUCAUUGGUGUUGCUUAAGCUGUCUGUUUCUGGCUUUUCUUCACCCCAAAAGAGUGAAAACAGUAAGUUCUAUUUCAUAAGAGUAAAUAGAAAAUUAAGAGACAUAACAUAUAGCAAGUAUUUUUUAACGUGGUACCUGAUAUUCAGUAAACAAAAAAUAUUAUCUAUAAUUAUUUGUAUUAACUGUUGUUAACUGUAGUCGUCUUCCUUUUUGAUUUUUUAAGAUCUUUUGUGUUAAGGAGAAAAGUACUAACAAAUAGAGAAAAUAGGAAAAUGUAGUCAAAUGAGAACAAUUACAUACAUGACACAGAAUUUUGAAUAUUAUUUUAUGAGAGUCACCCAGAGUUAAAUAUGAGAAAGUGCAGGAAAUCUAUCUACAGCACCGAAAACCUAGAAAAUUCAGCAGAGGACCUGGAUCCACAGCAGUGUCCUGCAUGAAGACCUAGAUUUCAUGACAAUGCCUCCCACGAAUCUAAAUGGAGAUCUAGAGCCCAUGAUAGUGACUCAUGGAAGACUGUGUUACUGAUCUGUGCUGGAAAGGCCCAGAGGUGGGAAAGCCUAAAGGGAGCGGUGGAAGCCAGAAAGUCUGUGCUUGUGGAAUGAAGGGUCUGUGGCAGUAGGUCGAGGGUUCUACACUGGAGUCAAGAAGCAAAACUCAAAAACACAGACUAGGGCAUCCCCUAAAAGUACCACAGCCAUCCACAGUGACAAUGAGAUCCCGAGCUCCUCUGAUGAUAAUAGUGGAGUGCAUAUCAGGAAGCCAACAUGACAAGCUUCUCUUGGAGAUUAAACAGCACUCAUUUUCUCCUCUGGAGCCAAGAAAUGAUGCUCAAAGUAAGGAUCAGAGCUCCUCUAAAGUUAACUGCAGCCAUUCUCAGCAACAAGGUCCCGAGCUCCUCCAGUGAUAACAGCUGAAUUCGUAUCAGGGAAGCCAGCAGGACAAGCUCCUCCAGGGGAACCAAUGGCUCCAAAAAACAACACUUAGAAACCCACAAUGCCUCAUCACUCUUCCUCUCCAUGUCUCCUUUUAUAUUGGCAAAGGUUCUCAGAUCGGCCAUCUAUACUCAGCACCAUGCUGAUUUAAUUCAGCUGGUGUUUAGUUGACCAGCAGUUUUAAAUCCAUAACAGAAGAUAACUAAAUACUAAAUAAUGGACCCAAAACCAACAUUAUGCUGUAAACCAAGUGAAAUAAAAAUAAAUUGAUGACCAUUACUCCUGAAAUACUUACUAGUCUCUAUGUCCUGUUGUGCUUGCAUUGUGAGGGUUUUUCAUAUUCUUGUAGUAGUUUUGAAGUUGUUAUAAAAAAUUUGCAGGGCAUUGUGUUUUUCUUUAUUCUCUCUUCUAAUAUAAUGUGAAUACACACAAGGAGAUGUACAGCACAUAGAUAGUUAUGAAGUAUCGUCAGAAAAGCAGCAGUCUGUCACCAAGUGUGUGCCCACAUCGUGUCAUCUGUAAAUUUCUGCCCUCUCGGAGAGGCUGAAUUUUGUGUUUAUCAUCUGUCCUCUAUCCUGCUUUUUUUUCCUUAAACAUUAUAUUUGGAAGUAAUUUUAUAAAAUCACAUAGAAAUUGUAAGAAUAAUUCAAAGAAUAUCUAUAUAAUUUUUAUGGCAAGGUCUAGCUAGUGUUGAUAUUUUAUUUUAUUUGUGUCCACUCUCCACAUACUGAUGUGUUUGUGUACACUAUGCUGAGAGAAUGAAUAUAUUUAUAAAUAAAUAUACAGAGCAUGCAUAUAAAGAAUAAAGUUGCAUAGACAGGGAAAACAUGAAUACGUAUUGCAUUUACUCUUUGAAAGUAUGUUACAGUUAUGCUUUCCUUUACCACUGAAUAUUUCAAUGUGAUUUCCUAAGAGGAAAGCAUUUAUAUUUACACAACCAAAGGGGUCUAACAGCAGUAAAUUAAUUAAUUAAUUAAUUGUGUGUGUGUGUGUGUGUGUGUGUGUGUGUGUGUGUGUUUAUUUGCACCUUUAUUUUGCAAUCUGUUGUUAGGUUUCUCGGUUCUCAUCUCAAAGAAGUGCAAGAGAAGGAGUAGAUGUUGGGUGCACAGGGGAAAGGCUCUGUCGAAUUCACCCUAUUUUCUAUUUUCCUUGAAGAGACUCAUUGCCCAGUGCAAAUUUAGACCUCACCGGGGUCCUUGUCAUCUGGUUGAGGGAAGACAACCAAAUGGAGUUCUUCUGGUGAACCUCAGGGUGCGGUGGCAUGGCGAACAUGCAUCUUCCCAGCUCUUCACCUAUGCUGAGGAGGCAUCGCUGGAGAGCAAUCUAGGACUUCCUGAACCCAGAGCCCACACCAGCGCCGAGAAUCACUAAGUUUAUCACACUCUUCAGAUUCUGGCUUAAAAUUCCAACUUUUGGGCUGGAUUUGGUGGUGCACAGCUGUCAUUCCAGCACUGGAGAGCUAAGGCAGGAACAUCCUUGAGGUGUCAGAGGCCAGCCCAGGCCCCAUUUCAUUGCCAACCUCUAACAUGACUAAAUUUAAAAAUGCUUAAUGGUAUUAUCUAACUUAACAUUCAUACUUGAAUUUUGUAACUGCAUCUAAUAUGUACUUUAUAAAAUUUAUUUCAUUCUUUCCAGUACAAGAUCCCGUAAACUAUUAUUUACUGUCGUGGCUCCUUAGUCUUCUUUAAUCUCUAGUCUGUAACACUUCUUCAGCCUACUUUUUAAUCUUUCAUAACAUCAACUGUGUGAAGAAUAGAGGCUGUCUCAUUUUUAAAAAUAGACUGUUCUUCAUUUGAUGUCUGAUUCUUCUUGAUUUUGAUUAAAAUUUUGGAUGUUCAGCCAGAACAUUUUUCCAGCUACUGUAUCUGUAAGCUGAAUGUACUGAAUCUACACCUGUUUGAAGUGUUGUCCAAUGUUUCCAUUUCAUAGAUACUGUUUACCCCACAAAAUUAAUGAGAGAUCUGUGAGAAGACAUUUUGAAAAAAUGCAUACAUCUUGUUCCUAUGAGAGAUUUCUCCUCUUGACUUAGUGUCUAUUAAUAAUUCUUAUCUGGAUCAGGCAUCUUUGUCCAAAAUGGUGCAACUUGGGACCAGGUUACACAAAUGAUGAAAUAUGAAUUCCAGCACUUUCUCCAUAUUUACCAGUCGAUUCUCAAUAUUUUAUACUCUGGGUUGGGGAUUUAGCUCUGUGAUGUAAGUGCACCUUCCUGGCAAGUGUGAGGUAGCUAGUUUGAUCUCUGGUACAAAAAAAAAAAAAAAGUUAUAUUCUGAAGCUUCCCUUUUCUAUUUGCUUUCUCUGUUUUUUUGAGGUUUAUUUUUGGUCUCCAGUUUUUUUUUAUAAUUCUGAGUGCAUGUGACUCACAUUAUCACUUUUUGAAUAUUUCCAUACUUUCUGGCGUAACGAGCUGCUCCAGACCAAUAACCAGUUCUAGAGUCUACCCAGUCCUAGAGUCAGCAAUUUUUCCUGUUCUUUUAGAGAAUGAAUGACAUUAAAUACGAAGAUCUGGGUUCCCUGUUAAUUGUCCCUGAGGGCUCACUAACUUGUGGUUUUUAAAUAGCUGGUGAAUGUUUCUUUUAUCCCUAAGGAAGUUUCCAUCACUUACUCUCAAGUCAAAAUGCCUGCUUCAGAAUCUACGCUGUUUAAUUCUCUUUGCCUUAUACAUAGUUCUUUGCAUAUUUAUCCUGACAUUUCUCAUGUGGAUGUCAGGAUUGGCUGCCAUGUUGUUGGAAAUCCAAUAACUGCUCUAGUGUGGCAUGAAACGAGCAGCUGUAUGAGCUUAGUAAUGAUGUCUGUCACAGGCAGAUGAAAUAAAGCAUUAUGAUGUGGCAUUGUUGAAAAGGGUAAGCGUGAAAAUAUUUUUCAAGCAAUGAAAUAUUCAUGUUGGCAUAUUGUGUUUCAGAACCUAAAGAGUUUGAAAUAACCACUUAUAUCUUCUCCAUCUCUCAUAAAGUACAGGAAACUAAGGAAAUAUAGGAUUGUGUAAAGGCGAUUCCACGAUAUUAUUGUUAUACUUAAUAAAAUUUCAAAAGUUUAGCAGUAGAAAGGUUAAGACCUUCUUAUUUAAAUUUUGUCAUAUUUGUUAAGCUACUUCUUGUUGUUUAGAGUUUUAGCUGCUAGAGGUUUUGCUAUUAUGGAUGCAGUUUGAAUAAAAGUGAGAAAUUACAAUAUAUGUUCAUAAUUUAUGUCAUAUUUCACUAUAUUCCUAGUUUGAUCCCAAAUAUCUAAUGUGAUCCUGAUGUUACUAUUUUAUUAAUAUAUACAAGUUGACAGAUUACAUAGCUUAUUAAAGCCACAGAGUUGUGCUCUCUAUGUAUACCUUAUCUAGUUUCACAAAAAGGAAUUGGAAUAGACUAUUUCAAAAUCAGAAGCAAUAUGAAAAUAUAAAAGCUAUCAAAUAACAUAACCCUACCCAAAGCAUAUGAACAGUGAAGAAACAGUUAUAUUAAUUGUAAAUGCUAUUACAGUUCUUGUGAUCAAUAAUCAAAUUUCAUUUUAAUCAUUUUGCCUUUUUUGAGGUUGAAACCAAUGCCUUUGUCCUGUAUACGUGCCUAUCCAUUUUAAGAAUUUUUAUAUUUGAGAUGUGAGGAAUUGAAAGGGUAGAUAAAGAACAAAGUAAAGAUAUUAGAAACUAGGAAAAAAUGUUUAAAUGAGAAGGGGAACAAAGGAGAGGGGAGUGAGGAAGGAAGGAAAGGAAAGGAAAAGAAAAAAAGAAUAGGAAAAAAAGUUGGAAACAAUAUUUUUUAAAAUAGGGGAACAGGGGUUGAAGGGUGGGUAGGGGUUUGGGGAAAAAAAGAACAAUCAAGGUAUAUUAUGUUUAGUAGAAAUUCCAGAUGAUGAAUAUGAUCAUAAUGUAUAUCUAAAAUGUAUCAAUAAAAUUAAUUAAAAAAAGAAUUUUAAAAUUUGAGACGGUCUUGCUAAGUUGCACAGACUGGGCUUGAACUUGUACUUCUUCUGCUCUAGCUUCCUAUAGUGUUGGGAUUACUGGCAUGCACCAUCACACCUGGCAAUUUGAGUUUCAAUAUUAUUCAUCUGAUUUGUGUUAAUUUUGUUAGUCUCAGGAGAUUACUGUCUAGAUAAGAAGACAGAAAUAUAUAAAAAUUAAAUAUAUAGUGAUAAGUGCUGGGGAUUAUAGUGACUAUAAACCUUGUUCAUGGUGCUUGUGGCUGGAUUGGUGGAGAUGGGUGGGGAGUCAUAAAGGAAUGUUACCCGGAAGAAAAGAUGAUUGAGUUCAAUCUUAAAGGACAGGUAAGAAUCAGCUGGCUGAUAAAUAGGGCAAGGGUAUCCUAGAAGGGACAGCAUGAUGAACAGUUAACAGAGACAUAAAACCACAUGGUGUGCACAGGGAUCUACAAGAAAACAAUUAUAUGAGGGAAUCGAGGUGGUUGGAUGAGACUAAAAAGAUAAAUAGGGAACAUGUAAACAUUUCCUCACAUGCUUAUAUCUUAAUUUGAAGAUAGAGACAUUAAAUAUGUCUCUAACCCUGGCUUUAAACAGGGGAAUGCCAUAAUCAGAUUUGUUGCAUAAACUCUACAUUUGCAGUGGUUGAGAAGAUGGAUUGGUGGGCGGAGACUAUAGGUGGUAGGACUGCUAAAAUAACACCUUAGUCCAGGCUAGGAAGGAAGAGACACGAUUUUUAGUUCCAGCCUGACGGUUUUAGGAAAUAAAUUAGUCAGUUCUAGCAAGAUGGAGAAUAGUGCGAGUUUAGGAUUACCCACUUUUUAUGAUCAGAAAAGAAGAAAACUUUAUUUCUUUAUGAGACAGAAGUAUUUUACAUAUUAGAUUUUUAAAAGUAUUUCUAUCCUUAGGUCAGUGAUUCUCCUACUUUUAUCUGCACAAGAAUUGAAUUACUUGGCAAUUUUGUUAAAUUCAGAUUCUGAUUCAUUGAAUUUAGGGUGGAACCUUAAGUUUUGCAUUUCUGACAAGGUUUUAGAUAAUACUUUUUCUGUUAUCCAAAGGAUCAUACUUUGUGUGACCCUUAAUCACUAAAUGUGAAUUCGAGUGUAAUAUGAAAUACCUAGUAGGUAAGGAAAGCACAGUUGUGGUAUGUGUUGAGUGACUGAUAUGUAGGCCAGCAAACUGAGGUGGGAAAACCCACACAGGUAGCUGGUGGCACCAACCCAGAGGCACGUAGCCCAGCUAGACUAAAAAGGGAAUGAAGAAGGAAGUGUCCCUAUUUUGAAGAGCACUAGUAGCUGUUUUGAAGAGCAAAAUAUCUUUUGCUGCCAUUGGUUUUGGACAUAUUUCUCCAGAUCUCUAGUUUCUUAAGCUUUCUAGUGCAGACAGGUACCAGGGACUUUCCAGUGAAUUUUCAGGCCUUUGACCUUGGACUGUCACUGAGUCCCUGAUUCCUCCUAUUCUACAGCUUGGUCUGGGCAGCUCCUGGAUCCUCCAGCUCUCUAGCGUGCAGUGGCCACUGUGAGUCUCCUGUCUCUGAUUCUGAAUGCUUACCUACUGAGUCUCCUGCAUAACUAAGUUAUUUUCUAUUGAUUGUUUCUCUAGAGAACUCUAAUAUAGGUAGGUAGUGAAGAUUGACAACUUAUUUUAAAUAUCAUGAUGAUUGCAACACCAGUACGAGUUUUAUAAAUACAGAGGUGAUCAUCUUAUUUUUGUUUCCUGUGAAUAUGCCUUGGGAUCAUGAGAGAGACAGACAGACAGACAGACAGACAGACAGACAGACAGACAGAGGAGAGGGAGACAGAGACAGAGACAGAAAGACUGAGGAAUGUAGGCCAUGUAGAGUAUGGCCUGAAGUGUCUUCAGAGUGAUACAUUAUUAUUUUCUGAGGAGUACACAGUAGAUUUUUGAAAAACUCAGUUUCUCAGCCUUCAAUAAUUUGUCUUCAGUUUUUACAAUCUUCCCUAACAUUUGUUCACCAAGGUGGGUGCCAUGAUGUAUGCCUAAAAUCUCAGCUACUUGGUAGGCUGAAGCAGCUAGAUGGGAAGUUCAAGGGCAGCUUGGUCAAUUAGACCUUGUCUGAAAAUAAACCAAUGGAAAAGGGGAUGUAACUCAGCUAUGGAGCACUUGCCUAAUAUAUGUGAAACCUGGUUUCAACCUCCAAUACCACUACCAGAAGCCACCAAAUUUUGCUUUUCUUUUGUACCACCCCUUUUCACAGUUGCUUUUUUCUCAUGGUAAAAAUAGGAAGGCAAACUUUCCAACCAACACACAGCCUAUGAUAUAUGGUGCGUUUCUCCAGAGUGGAAAACUCCUUUUGUAUGAAACAGUAGAUAAAUUAGAAACAUUCGUGUUGUCGAAAAUGUGAAUGACCUAAACACUCAGUAAAAAAUCCUUUUGCAACCCAGAUGGUUUUCCGUUCUUUGGUUUCAGCAGAUUUAAAGGAAAAUGUGAUUAUCAGCUGACAGAUUUUGAGAACAUUUGAUGUGUGAAAACCAAAUGAUUUUGAAGAAUUGAGUAGUGUUGCUAUGACGAAACUUCAAUGUCAUCUACUUACUUCAGUGAACAAAGCUUUUUAGUACUUUUAUCAAAAAAGAGAAAAUAAAAAGUAGAAAAUUGAUGUGAAAUCUUGUCUCAUAAAAGGAGUAAAUAAUAUUUAAGCCUAUGAACUAUUUUAAAAAAGAAAAAAGUAACCCUACUUGGUUAAGGAUUGCAUUUCUAACAUACUUUUUGGUUUGACCAUUGCAGUUUUAAGAAAUAAGACACAAUUUUUAAAUUCAGGCUUAGGAAUUUCAGAUAAAUAUAUUAUUGUAGAGAAACAUGAUAAGGCAGUCAAUUAAGUGAUUUCAGAAAUAAAAACUAGCAUUAGGACAAAAUUUUGUUGGCAAGCGAGUGGAAAUGAGUUCAGAAACCAAAUGAACAUGUGAAUUUUCUAAUUCUAUUGUUUUUUUUUAAAUGAAUUACUGUCGAUUUUAGAUUCCUUUAGUACUUUUAUAAGAGUGAUGCAACAGCUUUAUCUUAAAAUAGCAACAUUACAACCACAUUUCUUAUAAUUGCGUCUUUUAAAAUUAUUUAAAUUUGUGAUGUGGUAUUUUGUAUGAAUAUAUUUUACAUUACAGUGUUUCACAAUUUUUUUUAGCAUAGGAGAAAAAAAUCCUGAAACUUUGCUUUAGAUCUUCUUUUUGUAAAACCCUCCCUUAUCAUGCCUUAUUGUAAAAUUUAGCUAAGAAAUAGAACUGAACCAUGUGCAUGGGAGCUUAUUAUUUUGUUAGUAAGGAAAAAUUGAUUCCUAGGUCCUGGAUGUCUGAUAUAAAGGUUGGGGUAGAGCUUGUCUUCUGUUUUCAAAGGCGAGUGGUGCAGACAGCUCUUUGGGAUGAACACUUUUUCAUUUCAUGAGAAGUGUAUCCCUGGAAAACCUCAUGAUUUUCCUGAGGAAGAAAUUUUAGGGUCAACACAGCCAUUUGAACAAGGAAGUAUUUUGUCAGGCUUCCCAAAGAGCCAUACAGAUACGAUUUUGGUCAGGAGGAAUUUUGUGAUGGGUUUCAGUUGCUUGAUUAGUCAUGCUCAGUUAUGCCAUGCCUGCUAUACUAUAGAAUGUGGAACUCUAAGUAACAACCUAGCUAUAAAAUACAACCCCGAUAAUUGAAUUAAUAAGUGUAUAUAAUUAUGCAGAAGUCACUCUAUGUAAUCUUGGGUAAUUAAAUGUUGCUGAAUGCUUGCAAAAUGCACUGAUUUUAGUUUUGAUAUGCUUACUGUUGAGUUUAUGGAUGGGUAGUAAUGAGAAUAAUAGGGAUGCCCACACAGCUAAUAAGUUGUGAAACUGGUAUUUAAACCCAUUUAUCGAAUACCGUGUUCAUUCUACUAUAGCAAUUAGAAAGGCUGCCUAGUAUUUUAAAUUUAUAGAAAGCUGGUUCUGUUUAAAUGUGGUUUAUUGUUUACUGAAAGAAAUUCCGGCAAUACUGUAUUAUAGGAUUUUGCUGAUUUGCUUACGGUUUUAAAAUUCUUAAAAACUGGGAGGCUGGGUGUAGUAGCACAUACUUAUAAUCUCAGUACUGGGAAGGCUGAGCCAGGAGGAUCAGUGUGAGUAUGAGGCCAGUGUUACCUACUUAGUUGAUUCAAGCCAGCAUUAACCACACAGUGAGACCAUGUCUCAAAAAACAGAAAAACAAACAAACAAAAUAAGAUUUGUAAAACAAAUGCAGAUCCUAAAGAGUUUUAGUUUACAUUGGUUAUCAAUAUUUAGCAUAUUAGAAAUUGAGAUUGAGAAAUUAUAAAAUGUCUGUAUGAAUUUAAAAUAAUUUAAAAUGGGAAUAAUAAACUCAUGAAUAUAAGAUUUAAUGAAAAAUAUAUUUUCAAACAAAAUAUUUAGUAAGAGAUUUUUGUAAAUCUCUUUAAUGUCUGACUCAGUAGAAGCAGCUGGAUUCUCGUCUGCUUAUGCACUGAAUCUGUUGUGAUCGACUCAGUUAAAAGUAUAUGUGCACUGAUAAUCAGAAACACUGAAACUACAGUCAGGAUUUGGAGGCAAAUUUAUUUUAUACUGAGGGAUACUGAUUGGAGUUAUUCCUAAAAUAUCAGACCCUGAUCUCUGGUGGUCUAGGAUUUAUAUGGGAGAAGCAAGCAGGAAGUACAGGGCAGAAUGGCUUGUCAACCUGGGAUUGGUUCUUACAAUAUGCAUCACAGUGACCAGCCUUUCUAGGAAACAAAAGCAACUGGAACUACAACCAGAACAAUGACUUGGGCAGCUAAGAACUACAGUACACUGGCUUGGUGGUGGUAGUGGUGGGGCGGGGGCAUUUUCUAUUGCAUAUGAAGACAGUCUGCUCUUACACAGAUAGGUACUUUGAAAAGGGAGACUUUACAGACUUCCUGAAAUAUUCUUAGAGAUCAUCAGAAGGCUCCUAGCCAUACAAAGAAAACUGAUGUUUAAAACAUUGUCACAGUGUUAUAUUACAUUUUCAUAAGCUGUGUGCAAUGUAAUACAGUGGGCUACAGCUUUUUCAUAUGUGCUGUUUUGGUAUUAUCUGCAUUGGAUUUUAGAAUCGUAUAUUAUGAAGAACAUUUUCUUAACUUGUUGAUAUGUAAUUACAUUUAUGGCAGAGUUAUAAUCAGAACUUAUAAAAAUUAAAAAUUAGGGAGUAUAUUAGUCAAUAAGUUUCAGCAGUAUAGCUAUUGUGAGAAAAUAUUUUACUCAUACAAAAUCAAUAGAAAAGAAAUUAAAAUGCAUUCUUAUUAAUUUUGUGGUUGUAACAGUAUCAAAAACUUCUAUAGUUUAUGCAAGAAAAAUCGACAUCCCCUGUCAUCUGCUCAUUUUUCUACUUUAUUCCUACUUUCCCUCCCUCCUCUUUUACAUUUGCUCCCUCUUUUUCAACAUUCAUACAAUUAAUAAUUGUUAGACUAUCAGUUUGGAUGAGCACUAGUUUAUAUUAUGGAGAAAUUCCAACUAGAUAGUGGUUUCGAUGCAGUUAAAAUUUGUUUCCUGCUCUAUCUAUCUGAGAGAGAGGCUGCUGCAGAGGCUACCAGCCACUAAUCUGCAGUUUCUGCUAUGUGUAAGAACGUAGAGAUUGAGGAGCCCACCUCAGAACUACUGGCUGUAGGUUGACAUCUCUAUCAUGGUCAUGUUAAAUGAAUCUGGCUCUGGCUUUUGACGCUCAUGAAAGUAAGAAUCAGACUUUAGAAUAUACGGUGCAGAAAAAUAAAAUUUCCUUAUGAACAAUUUUUCAAGUAAAAAAUAGCAGAGAGAACUGCUACCAGCCUCUGCCUCAGUGAGGUUACUCUGCCUUCUAAAGUCAUGCUAGUGCUUCUGCUAGAUGGCAAGAGCUAGAUCUUGCACCGAAGUCUAGCUAUCAGGCAACCUAGGAAGUAAACUUUUGGCUUAGGCUUCUAGGUUACUAUGUAUUAAAUACUGUAACAGAUGGGACAUUGAGGGAAUCGAUCUAUAUAUAUGGGAAAAAAAAGACAAAGGUGAAAUCCAAAGAAUGAUUAAGAAAAAACAAAAACAAAAACAAGAUGUUUGUGAUGUGUGGUCAAUGCUACUGCUGAGCACCACCCAAUGGAAAUAGGUCUCAUAAAAAAUCAUGGUCUGUCCUCAUCUACCUUAUUCACGGGAUCCAGCACUUGUCACUUCUGGCUCAUUUCUAAAGUCAAAGUGACCAUGAAAGGUAAACAUUUUGAAUUGAUUCAGGUUUUAGGCAUUGAGUAUACAUAACAGCACAACUACUGACUCACAGAAGAGGACUUCUAGAACCACUUCCAAAAAUGGCAAGAAUGAUGGGAGAAGUGUUUGCAGUGAGGGGAAGUGUUUUCAGGAGGACUCAUGCAAUGUGUCUCUUAUUGUAAUAUUAUUUUUAAAUUCAGUAUAGUCAUUGUAUUUGUAAACACUCCUAUAUAUUCAGUAAAUUCUUCAAGAUGACUCAUAUUGCUUAAGGCUAUUUUUAAUGUAUUACCACCUUGUGAAAUCUGUUUGAUGAGUUUAAUUACAUUAAUUUGUUUAAUAAAAAUAUUUGGACAUAAUAGCUAGAGCUCAUGAUGCUCUAGUAGUAUAAAUGGAAAACCCAAGUGCAACAUUUAAGCAAAACAAGUUAAUUUAGUUGACACUAUUCUAAGUUGUACAGAGUAGACCAGCAUCAAACGGGAAUGCAUUUAGGAUUUUUAAUGUUACGAUUAAACAUGGUUAGGGGGCUAUGUAAAUUAGCAUGUUUUUAAUUGCAUUUAUGUUCAUCUUACUCUGAUAUAGUUGACUUAAUUUCAUAGUCAUUUGAGGAUAGUUAAUUCUACUUUAUAGUUACUUACCAGGAAAUUAGGCCUCAUGCUGUGUUGUGAGGUUUUGUAAAUGAAUUUAAAGAAAAUUGUUAUUGUUGGAAAAAAAUUCAUUGUUUAAGUACCAUCUAAAGUUUUUGCCUUUAAGGGAUCAUUGCUGUUUAGUAUUUAAAGAAAGAUUCUAAAUGUGUUUUUUAUGUUAACAGAUGUGUGAAUUUAGCCAAAAACUGUUAAAUACCACAGUGAGCCAAUAUAUGUCCACAACAUUUUUUUUACAGUGGCUACUGGUUAAUCCCAAGAUAGGGAUGUUUGUAGUUUCUGAAGUACUAUAUUGGUGGGUAGUACUCUUCUGGUGUGCACAUAUACAAUUUAAAAAUAUUUCAAACAAAAUGGUGUUGGAAAAAUUGGCUUUCCAUAUACCAAAGAUUGAGAAUAGCCCCAUGCCUAUCACCAUACACUAAACUAAAGUAAAAAUGCAUCAAGGAUCUAAAUAUUAAAAAAAAAAAAAAAAACACUAAAUCUACUGGAGGAUAAGGUAGGUAGAAAUCUUGCAGACACAGGGUAGGCAGAGAAUUCAUGAAUAAAAUGCAAACCACACAGGAAAUACUUCAAAGAAUCAACAACUGUGAUCUCAUAUUACUAAAAAGUUUUUGCACUUCAAGAGAAAUCACCAACAAAGUGAAAAGAAAACCCACAAAAUGGGAAAGAAUUUUAGGAAACAAUCCCUCAGACAAAGGACUUAUAUCCAGAACAUAUAAAGAAUUAAAAAACAUUAAGCUCCCCAAAUUGAAAGACCCUCUCUAAAAAUGGGCAUUGGAGAUGAACACACAGUUCUCAGAUGGAGAUAUACAAAUGGCAAAUAAAUACAUGAAGAAAUGUUCACCAUCAUUUUUCACAGGAGAAAUGCAAAUUAAAACAGCACUGAGAUUUCAUCUCACUCCAGAAGAAAUGGCUGCCAUCAAGAAAUCAACUGAUACCAAAUGUUGGCGAGGAUGCAGGAAAAAGAAACACUUCUUCACUGUUGAUGGGAGUGCAGACUGGUGAAAUCACUGUGGAAUUCAGUCUGGAGAUUCCUCAAAAAACUAGGAUUGAAAGUUCCAUUCAACCCAGCUAUUUCCCUCUUAGGUAUUUUCCCAGAAAAUUUAAAAAGGUCAUGUCACAGUGAUAUAUGUAUACACAUGUUCAAUGCAGCACAAUUUGUGAUAGCUAAAUCUUGGAAACAGCCAAAAUGCCCAUCAACCACAGAGUGGAUGGAAAAGAUGUGGUAUUUUUAUACAAUGGAAUACUGCUCAGCUAUUAAAAGGGAUGAUCUUGAGGCCUUUAUAGGUAAAUGGAGGCAGCUUGAGAAUAUCCUCAUUGUAAAACAAACAAGACUCACAUUAGUAAAUAUCACAUUGUUUUUCUAGUGUAAAAAAUAAAAACUGACAGAGUAAUAAGAUCCAAAAAUAUAAUAGAUAUUGUAAAAGUGAAAGGGAAGGAAAGUGCUCUCUAAAGAAUAUAAUGGUAUGUAUAGUGUGUAAGAUAGAUGAUCGUAUUACUAAAGUUUUGUUAGAUCAUUGAACAAAAGGGUUUACACUGUCAAUGUUUGUAUGUCUAGUCACUUUUUAUGCUUUGAUUUUGUAACCUGAAUAACUUUUAGGAUGACAAUAUGUCAUUAUCAACUAGUGAUUUUAUGAUGUUAAUUUUUUUGGAAUUCUUUUCUUUUUUUUUCUUUUUUCUAUUUUGUUUCUUUAACUUUCUUUUAUUUCUUUAAAUAAAAAAUUGAGAAAAAAUUAUAGAAAAGGCUAUUCUUUUUCUCUUUUUUUAAACUGGUAGUUUUAUUCCAGCUAAUAUGGAAAUUUAAAUUUCUCAUAAAUAGCGUUGAUUACAUGGGAAUUCUGAAAAAGUUCAAUUCAAUGUAAGUAAGAUAUUGUUUGAAUCCAUUUACUCCUCUAAAAAGAAUUAUGAGUGUACUAAUUCACUUUAUAGCUGAUCAUAUUUUAUUCAUUGUAUAGUUUUAUAUGAUAUACAUAUAUAUACAUUUUAUAUGUAUCUAAUUUUCUAACUUUUGACAGUGUGGGAUUGGACAUUUUUAUGUUAAUAUAUAAUAGGUUUAUUAUUAUUAUUUUGAAAUAAUUUAACUUGUCUGUUUUAGCUUAUAUUGCAGUGUAAAAUGCUAGAUAUAUUCAAUACUUUUUAAAAAUGAUUUUAAAAGUCUGAGAAUCACUUGACUUCAUUUGAAUUGGCAAAUGAAGGUUAAAUGUAGAGAUUGGAAUCUGAGUUUUCUUUGACUGAUAUUGAUUUUAUUUUUCAUUUCAUAUUAACUUGAAAAUAUUUACCUUGAAAGAAGUUGUGAGGAUUAAAGCAUAAAAAAUAAUUACUGUGAAAGAAUUUGUGGCAAUUAGAGAUGAAGUAUGUACAUGUCUUUUAUAAUACAGUCAAUACUAUGCUUGCUGUGUGGAUGGAUGAUUAGAUGAAUAUGAGUUUUAGUUGUAUUCUGGAUGUGAAUGGGACAUCUGUGGGGAAAGAGCAUAUAGUUUUCUUUUUUCUUGCCCUGAAGCUCAUGUAAGAGUUAAAAUUUGAGAUUAUUAAUUUUCUUUCUCAAGAUCAAAUGAACAAUUUUCUACAUAUAGAUAUAUACUUAUGGAGGUAGGUGUAUUGACUCUGCCUUUUCCUACUCGUUUUGAGCUAGUCAUUCAUCGUGUAUUGUUUUUCCAGUGCCAUGGAUUCACAAUUCUUUUUUUUUGUACUUUCUCUGCUAACAUGCAUGUUCAUGUCUUUGUCACCUUCAUACUAUUUAGGUGAGAUAGUAUUUUCAUACUAUUUAGGUGACAAGUGUUUUGAACAUAUUUUUAGGUAUAAGGGUUUUAAAACAUUUUUCGUGCAUCCUGUAAAGCCUUACUAUUCUGGCAGACUUUAUCAUGCUGUUUGUGCCCGUGAUUCUGAACAUAUGACUGAUUGACUGCUUUUAUAACUUUUACUCAUGUGUCUUGCUAUUAUGGAUGUAUUUGUGGUCUUAAUGUGAAACAGGCUGAUAUAAAAUGCUACUGUAAAAAAUAGUACAGAAAACUAAAUGUUCCUUGUCAACUACCAUUUUAUUGAAAUAAAACUGAUGUUUCAGUAGAUGAACAUCAUUUCACUGAGAACUUGUGGUGUAAUCAGAUUCAGUUUUAUAUUAAUAAAUCAAACAGGAUAUAUUGAGGUCCUGUGUAGCAGCUAUUUUGAAAUAUAAAUGUCCAAAAAAAUCUAAAGUGAUAUACACUAAAUAUAGGGUGCAACAUAUACAAAACUGAGAUGGACAGUAUGUCUGCAUUUUACUUAUUUCAAUGCAUAGCUUAAAGAUUAACACAAUAAUUAGGUAAUUAGCUAACAAUAAGGAGCGGUGAGUGGAUGCCCUCUCUUUUUGCAAUCCCACAUUUCUACAGCUACUCACUUGGCAGUUUUAUCUGUAACACUCAUUUGAAAUUUACAUGUGUCAGGAAUGAAAGUAGAACUUGAUGAUAAAACAACAUUGGUGAUGAAUUGCUCCUGUUUCUGGUUAUCUUCUUGAAUUAGGAGUUAUCUGUAGUGCAGUAGGAGAAGAAAGAUGCCGCCUCAUUCAUGGUGACUCAAUGGGCUGGUAGAGAAUAUCAAAUACCAUUUCCUCAGUGUCUAUGCAGUAAUGAAUGGGAACAAAAUAUAUAUUUUAUGUAAGUUUUUAGUUUUACAUCAAAAAUCAAUACCAGCUGGUCAUUGAAAACGUUAAGAUUAUAAUUUCCUCAUCAAUUUUGGUUGUAUUUUUCACUGUUUACAAUGUAAUUGUUGGCACUGAAAUCUAAUGAGAUUAAAUGUAAUGAGUGAAACGGCAUCGUCUAUUUUUUUCAUUUUUACAUUUUAUAACAUUCCCCACGAUUAUAGAACUCAUUGUUCUGGUCUAGCAAGAUGGAAAUUGUGAAGAGACUGUGUGGUAUGAGCUAAAACAAAAUUCAAAAUAGAUCAAAAGUAAGAGAAGUGAAAGUCUUUGUGGUGACUAUGCUUUAAUGGUUUGGAUUAUAUUUGAAAAAAAAAUAUAGAGUUUUUCCCUCCUUUGGUGCUUGGGAUCAAACCCAGUGCCUCAUAUAUGCCAGGCAAGUGUCCUACAGGUAGUGUGAGCUACUUCCCAGCCCACAGAGUAUGUUUCUUAUACUACAAAAUAUCAGAAAGGUAGUGAGAGGGUAAAUGUUACACAUCAAGGCCAAGCUGAAGCCUCUUUCUGACCAAUGAGUAGCUUCAGAGAAAAUCUGACAGUCUUGUCAUGAUUGUUAACGGAGAAUAAUUACAUAAGCUUCAGUAAUAGACCUGUAUAUUUGAGGAAGGAAUAUUAUCUGAUUACAAUGUACUGAAUCCCUCAUAUGCUACUCUAGUUUCUGGGGUUCUGUCCCUAAACAUAGCAUAGUAAUAAUGCAAUAAAUACAUUUAUAAGCAUAAAACAGAGGUUAGCUGAACACUAUGACCAUAUAUGCAAAUUUAAUUAUAUGUAAUAUAUUUUCUCAUUUUAACAGCUGCAUUAGGAUUCCUUUUAAGUGUCUUCUGAUAAAUCACUUAAUGGACUCACAUGGAGUAGAUGAGAGCUAGGAUUCGAGGAUGUAAGGCAUAGAGAUUCUUACUCUUCCACAUCAGGCGAGAGACUCAUUAGGCAUAGAAGGAGGGGAGGGGUGCUGAGGGACAUGAAGAGAGAGGAGUUGAGGGAUGGGUGUGCUGACCUGGAUGAAGAAGGCCCUGUGCUUUCUCCCAGUGACUACUCCAGUUCCUGUUUCCUUCCCUGAGCCAGCGACUCCAUUCUACUCCCCCACACAGCCCUGGUUCUCCUAUAGACAUUCUUCCUGUUGCCAAGCGAUGAUCUGUCGAUGAUUUAACACCUACACAGCCCAGGCUCUAAGGGCUAAAUGAAAAUUCAGAAUAUUUAUUUGCUUUCCUAGAGUUUAGAGAGAAAAGCUGACAUUUGAAAUUUAAAGAGAGAAGUACUUGAUUAGCUUCAUUUGUUACCUUCAUACUCAAAACUCUUUAAAUUCCUUUUUUGCUUCCAUGUAUGUUUUAUCUGACUUGCCUGGAAUAUUCCUGGGGGUUGGAAGUAUUUCAUGUGAUUUGGUUAUCAUCCCAACCGAAUACAACAAAUGCCCAGCAUAGGCACUCAUUCACAUUUGUCACAUAACUUGCUGUUAUUGAUAGUAGCAAUACAUUUUACUUUAUUUGUUGUUUUGCCAAAAUUUUAGAGAAAAAUAGAAUUGAAGUAAUAAUCCCAUGCUUUGAGUCUGGUAAUUAAAGCUCCAGGAAGCUCUUCUGUUUUGAUAAGGAGCUUUUAGCUCAGAUAUCAUUUUUUCCUUGUAGCAAACAACUAAAAUUGCAGUAAAACUGUAUUUUGAAAUAAAACAGCCUCUGAAGUGUUCAGUAUGCAAGCCCAAGCUUAUAAAGAAUUAACCACUACACACAGAAGUCAGUCUGCUUGGGAAGGAAAUAAAUACUUGAAAGAACUUUUGAUGGAGAAAAUAUUUCGUUGCUAGUUAAAUUCAUUCUUGGAAAGUCCUUAGGACUUUAUGUACAGAUUAAAGGGACAGAAGACAAAAUAUUCUUUGCUUUUAGAUAUUGAAACACUUGGAUGUCAUAGUCAAUUAGAUAUAAAUGACAGGGGUUCUUUUUCCAGAAGGUUAACAGGUGGGGCCCUCUGAGAUGUAGUUAAAGGUAUAGUUCUUUAGUUUCUAAAGACCAUGUCACAAGUCUAGUUUUUUUUAUUGAUGCUGAUAAUGCUAUUGGGGCACAUUUUAAAACCUACACAGGCAAUGGCAUUAAUUCUUCAGGCAGAUUUAUAUUAACUCUUUUCCAUUAGAAAUAAUGCGCAAGCAUUUUCUAUUUCAUUUGUUAUACUCAAAAAAUAAUGUAUUGGCUAGCUUUCAUUUUCUGAGAUGCUUCACAUACACAGCUUUCUUGAGAAAAGGUUUAUUUGGGUUCAUAGUUUGCCAAGUUUUGGUACAUUGCAGGCUAGCUUCUAAGUGGAAACAUCAUCAUGGUAGAAAAGAUCCACAUAGCUCAGGGCAUCCAGGAAGCAGGGGAGAAGGGGUGGGGAGAGAGAGAGAGAGAGAGAGAGAGAGAGAGAGAGACAGACAGACAGACAGACAGACAGACAGACAGACAGACAUUUGGGGAAUAGGAUAGCUCCUUGAGGAAUAUCUGCGGUGACAUUGCUUCUAACCAGGCCACACAUAGCUACAAACUCAUCGAUAGAUCCAAGGUGAUCUAAUCACUUUCCCAAAGUCCCAUUUUAGAAUACAUGAGCUUUUGUGGGGUCAGGGUUUUCUCUCUUAGACUCUCACUAUGCUACUGCACACAUCAAAAUAAUUUUCUUUGCUGCCCCAUCCCUUAUGUUCUUUCCACUUUGCUUCAUACCCAAUAUCCCGUAAAAGAUUAGAAUAUGCUGCUCAUACUUCUAUACUGUCGGCUUUUUUAUACUGCUGAAAUAGAAUACUUGAGAGGGAAUAGCUUAUGAAGGUGAGAAAUCUAUAUCUUAUAGUUAUGGAGGCUGUAACAUUUGUGUAUGGAAGUUCAAGAUCAUAGGAUUGGCAUCUGCUGGGACCUUCUUGCUUUCAUGGAAGGGCAAAGAGAGGGAAAGGGACCAAGAGGGAGCAUGAGCACAUGAGCAAGAGUGUGAGCACAUCCUCUUAUAAGGAUCUCAUUCCUGAGAUAAUGAACCCCCUCGCACAGUAAUGGCAUUAAUACAUGUAUGAAAGCAGCACAUUUCUCAUCUAAACAACUCUCAAAGGUCUUUUCUCCCAACAUCUGUCACUGGAGAUUGAGUUUCCAACACAUGGACUUUGGGGGAUACUUUCAAAUGAUAGACUAGACCCUCCAACCUAUUAUAGCCUAAAUUCUAGCUGAAGCAUGUCCGAGUUAUCACAUCCAGAACUGCUCAUGUCUUCCCUCUCCAACCUGCCUUUCUGCCUGUGUUCCUUCUUGGACUUUUAGUAAGCCAUAUAAAGCCUUUCUUUUUCUCUCUUCUUCCUCUACUUCCUUCUCACCUUCAUUACUAACAUUAGUGAACAUUUCUUAUGUGAGGAACUCUGCACCUCUAUCUUCACAGCAAUUUUACCAGCCCUUCAAUGAGUUACAUAUUAAUGUGUUUAUUUUAUAGUCACCGAGACUAAGUUAUAGCCUCAUUCUUGCAUAUUAAAGAGGUGGAGCUAGAAUUCAGACUCUGGAAUAUUACCAGAGCCACAUUCUAAACCACUACCUUAGUAUGUAGAUUACAAAUCUAAACAUCACCAAGUACCACUAAUUAUGCUUCUUAAAUAUCUUUUGAAUCUAUAUGCUUUGUUCCAUCCACUACCUCCAGUCUUCCAGACUCUAGCCAUGGUCUGCUUCACUUCAUCAGAGCUAUAUUAUUUCUGUCUCCAGUAUGACUUUCUACUGCUCCAUGGCUAUAUUUAGAGGAAUCUUUUUAAAAUUACCUUAGCUCAAGAAGAAUUUCAUAACUUGGCCUCUAGUCUAGGAUAAAUUCAUCUUUCUUUUUAUAGUAUUUGGCAUGGUUUAGUCUCAACCUUGGUUUAUUUAACAUUUUUCAAUUGUUUAGAGAAAAUGAAGCUUGCAUGCUGAUUACCUAUAUAGUUUAAAUGUAUGGUUCAGUUUUUAUAUUAAAUAAUAGAACUUAGAUGUUCAGCUGCCUCUCUUACCUGAAUUUGUUCCUCAGCUCCUCCUUGAAGUAGUCCAGAGCAGAGAUCAGGAUAUAGGCUUUGGAGCUGACAUAAGUGUGUAGCAGUUAGUAGCAGAAAAUGCCCUCUAGUAGGUUUUUUGGUUGCCCAGGUAAUAGUUCCUGUUGUAGUUCCGAUUGCUUCUGUCUCCUAGAAACAGCUGGUCACUGUAAAGCAUAGCUGAUCACUAUGGUGCAUAUUGUAAAUCCAAUCAAAGACAGCCAAAUACUUUACCUCUAUACUUCCCCUUUGCAAUUGCAUUAAAGCAUCCCUUCAUGAGCCUUUGGGGCCUGAUAUUUUGGGAAUGAUCCUAAUCGGUGUCCAUCGACCUAAAAUAAAUCUGCCUCCAAACUCUGGGUGUCAUUUUGGCAUUACUGCUUGCCAUUGCAAGUUCAUUUACUAAGCUUGUUGUUAACAAGAUAGCCUCCACUGAGUAUUUCUAUUUUUUUAAUUCUCAGUAUCUUCAUUAUAAGAUAGAGGUUAUAAUUUUUCAUUAUUAGGAUUUAUUGAAAUAAGAUCACAGCGCACUCAGAUCAUAGUUUUGGUUUUUUUUAGAUUACUGCAGCUGAUAUUGAAUACUGAAAUAUUGUAAUGUCUCUAGAAGGCACAGAGCAGCCAGGUGAUUGAAAUGAUGUCACACUAUGUGUUAAUAUAAGAUACAAUUAAAUGAGCUAUCUCUUUAAUCUGGUUAAAAGAAAACGGAGGCUUGAAAUUAUGUAAUAGAUGUUUCUACAUAUUUGUGGAGAUGUGGAUGGUGAAUCUGAUGGAUUCUGUUGGUUCUAGAAAUCAUAAUGGGUAUAAAAUUAAAGAGUUGUAGUUUUUUUCUGUGAUCUGCAUAAUCAGUGGGGUGGUCCUGAGUGGGGUGACUGGAGAUUGAAAAGAACCAAGACACAUAGAAAAAAGCUGGGACUGGGUGGGAGCUGACUUUUCUGAAGGAGAGGCAGCGACAACCCAGAAUGGUCUGUAUCUUUAUUUACACAGUGAAAAGUGGGAGGCAUGGGAUUGGGGCAAAAGUAUGGUGUCUCAGUGUUUUGCUGAGUGCACUGAAAGCAAAACAUCCUCAGAGCUGUCUGUGUUGCAGUCAACAAGGAGGAAUUUCAAGGCUGUACACCUGCUGGACUGGCCUGCUCUUGUCCCAACAACUUGUGCACCUGGCUGGCCUGUAGCACCCUGUGUUCUCACUGCUGACCUUGCUGUGGCCCUGAAUGUGUGGUCCAUCUCCAGCCCAGUCUCUCCCCACAAAUUUUCACUAAAUAAACAAAUUCUACAACAAAGCUACUUCAAAAUGUCCUUUCCAGUAUAAUAGGUAUUCCAGUGAAGACCUGAUGUGUACAAUCAGAGUUUUCAGUUAGGACAUUAGUACUUUGAAUAGGUAGAUCUGUUCAUCACUAGCCAGUGCUUCACCAGGGAUCUUUAUGGUGCCAACCCCCUCUGAUGUUCUGUGAGUCAACUCAAUUUUUGUGCAACAUGUUAUUUUCUAGCAUAUUCCACCUGGGCCAUUUACAGAUCAGUUUCUGUGGUAACUGAUUCUUGUAAUAGGUUGCAGUCCUUAAAUAAUCAAAUGCCAUGCAUUAUUCCUCCCUCUGUAGUUGUUCGCUGUCUUUUAUAUUUCCCAAGUGUUAAAUCUGGCCUUUAGGAAUCAACAUCCUGUAAACCCCAGGAGACAACCUAAUGUCAUCGGCAGCAUGGGGCUUAUUGCAAACAGCUGCUUAUUGCAGAGUGGUGGGGGAGCAGAUUGUGCCUCAGGUGACCAACAUAAAAGAGACCUGCAUGCACUGAGCUUUCUAAUGAAGCACAACUGAAACAGCUUGUUCUAAAUGUCCACCUAGCUGGCUUUUCUACCUGACUUCAAAUUAGUAAUAUUACACAUUUGGGAAUAUUAGGCUUUUCUAGGAAUUACACAGGAGUUGAAUGGAUCUUAAAAUGUGUUGACAUGUAAAGUGAGUCUGCAUAAUUUCCAGUUUUCAUGCUUAAUAUUCCUGUUCAGGGAAGUACUAGGAAAUAGUAUAUGUGAAAAAAAAAUGAAGGUUUUUAUUUUUUUGGUACUACCUCCAUACCUAGUUUACUUUAUUUCUAGUCCAGGCUUAAAUUGAGUUUAUGGUUUUUGUUUUUUGUUUUUUGUCUUUUUUUGACUCAAAUGAAAACCCGUAUCUUUGUGUGGUGGUGGUAAGUGGUGGUUCAUUUCCAGACCUUUAUGGACUUGCUUUUGUUAUUAAAAUUGUUAAAGUUUUUUUCUCUUCCUCUAUGCUCCUAUUGUUUUCCCUAAGAUAAUAACAAUCUAGUCUUCUAAACUUUUGAUUAUAUUACAUAUGGACAUAGGUGUCAGAACAGAGGACAUUUUUCUAACUACUAUGAGAGUAUUGAAGGUGAAAUUUAGGAAAAUAAGGAAACUGUUCACAUCAAGCUAGUGUUAUACUUACUGGUACUUACUGAGGGUUUAGUUUAGCUCUAGUGUUUGGGACAAGUCUUUAUCAAGAGCGAUUACAGCUGGGUGCAGUGAUGUGUGCCUGUGGUGUCAGCUACAUGGGAGGCCAAGGCUGGAGAAUUGCAAAUUGGAGGGCAGCUGAGCAAGUUAGUGAAAUUCUGUCUCAAAAUAAAAUUUAUUUUGAGGCAUGGAGCUCAGUGGCAGAGCACUUGCUUUGCAGGAGCAAAGGUCCUGGGCUCAGUAAAGGCAAAGACAAACAAAUAAACAAAUGAAAAACACAGGCUAUUACAUUGAAACUGAAAGAGGCAACCUUACAUAAAGCACAAGGAAGAGUGUGCCGGACAGAGUGAAUGGACAAAUAGAAUUUCUGAGGCCGUGAAAUGCCUGGCAUGUUGCCGGACCAGGAGGGAUGUGUGACUGGACGUUUAUUAGGGCAGAGCCAAGGAGGUGGGGUUGGAUGGUAGAGACAGGUUGAUCCUGGCACAGUAGGAAAUCAUUGAGGGGGAUUUUAAGUGGAGCAGUUGUUCUAUUUGUAGCAUGAUCCCUCUCUGGCUAACUAAGUUAAAUAGAGGCAAGAAGUGAAUUCUACACUAGAAGUUGACUUACUUACUUUCUCAUUGCUGAAACAAAAUACCUGAUACAAGUUAAAGGAGGAAAGGGUUAUUUUGGUUUACAGUCUGUAGUAGCUUCAGUCCAUAGGUGGCUAGAUAUAAAGCAGGGUUUCAUGGCAGAGAAUAAACAGUCCAUAGUGUGGCAGGCAGGAGGCAGCAAGAGCAAGCAACAAUGAGCAGCAAGCACGCCUUCCCUCUCUCUUUAGACUCCAUCCAGGCUAAGGCCUGGUGCCACCACUCCCAGGCGGGGCUUCUAUUCUCUACACCUAGAACUGUGCUCAUUCCUUCCAGGGACCAAAUGUGUUCCACACACCCUUAGUCCCACCAGUGCACGUCCGAGAUCAGUGGUGGAGAACAUUUUAGAGCUUUCAGUGACACAUCAGCCUGCUUGGACGUGCAGUCCCUAGGUUUGCUACUGCUGCCCUAGACCCAGUCAGCCCUAAAAACCUCGCCUAUGUGUACGUGAGGCAUUGGGGGACAUCUAGGUACAAUCCAUGAUAGAAGUAGAUGAGAAAGUAGAUGCUUUGGGCUCAGGAUAAAAGGAGAGAACAGGUGUUUUGAGGAAGGUCUUUGGAGGCACACGUAGACUUUUUGGUUGAACUGAAAGUAGCAGUGGAAAGACAGGACUUAAGGCCAUGGCCAGUUUUCUGGUUUGAUCAGUUAAACCAUGGUGUCGUGCCAUAUAAAGAAUAUGGUUACCUUUAAGUCAUUUUAAGGAAACGGUGGAAGGAGAGCCAUGUAUGAUUUUUAGAAACAACAUAGAUUUAAUUAUUACUUUAGAAAGAUCAUUGUAAUUAUACUGUGGAAAAUGAAUUAAAAAUGGGUCCAAGCACCAAAUAAAUAUUUGUUGAUAAUAUUCUAUAAAUAUCUGGUAUUCGUAUUAGGUAGUUAUAAGGAUUUUCAGCUUGGUUGCCCUGAAGUGAUGAGAUGCAAUGUGAAACCAGUGGAGAGAGAUGUAACAGGGCCUCAGCCAGUCUCAUUGCUAUUUUGUUCUGUUAUUUAAAUUUUUACGCAAUUUGAGUUUAGUUUUUUCAGUGUAUUUGCUGGGUUUUGGGAUAAUUUUUAAUGCUCAAAGGAUGUUAAAUUGAAACCAAAUUGGAUAAAGUUUUAGAGAUUUGAAUGUCUUUUUCUGUUUAAAAGUUGAAUAUUUGGUGAUACAAGAAUUAUAACACAGCUAGAAUUUCAGCAAAAAUUAAUACAUUUAAAACAUUUAUAUGCAGAGUGCUCAGUGAAAAGUACCUUAAAUUUUAUCUGUUAUAUUUGUGAAUAAUUAUAAGAACAUUUUAAGGCCUAUAGGAUAAUAUAAAUAUUUAAAUGUCAGUUUAUUGUCAGUGUAAUAUUGUAUAUGUCCUUUAUUUUGUUUUUAUUGUUGGAUGCAUGAAAUCAAUAAAUUUAAAAAAAACAUUUUAAUGUAUUUUCAAACUUCAAAUCUCUUAACAUUUGUUUAAAAAAUGUUUUGGCUACUAAAGCUCUUUCUUAAAUACCACAUUAACCUUUUUCUUUUGAAAAAUAUACUACUUCGAUUCCAGCUCUACCUCAUAUUUUCAGGAUAUGUUUAAAUAUUUCAUGUUAUCAAGAUUUAUUCAUGAAGAUUUGCGCAGGAGUAUUAACCCUGGGAACAGUUUUACUGCCGAGCAUAAUGAAACUGUUAUUUAUUUAUUUUUGGUCUUUUUUGAGGCAGGGUCUUGCUAUGCAUUCGAGGCUGGCCUUGAACACACUUUGUAGCCUUGGCUGACCUCAAACUCACAGCAAUCCUCUUGACUCUCCCUCCCAAGUCUUGGGAUUACAGAUGUGCAUCACCAUGCCUGGUUUUGAAACAGUUAUUUCAAACUUGUUUCUCUUUUAUAUUUGUGUGCUCAAAGUGUGUUCAGACUGAAUUGAAAGUCUCAGUUGGUUUAUACAAGUGUGUGUAUAUAAAUAUGUUUUUCAAACAUUGUUUACUUCUUUCUCCUAUUCACUUGUUCAUUAUGUUUAGUGAUAUUUUUUCUUAUUUAUUUAUUUAUUUAUUUUUAUGUGGACCAGAUUAGUCUUGAACUCACUAUGAGGUUAGACAGGUCUCGAUCAUCCUGCUUUAGUCUCCCCAGUGCUGGGAUUAGACGUAUGUAGCACCACACCUGGCUAUUUGAAUAUUAUAGUGACAUGUGUCUAGAAGAAUGUUCUGUGUAUGGUAGGACCACAAUAAAUAUUUGUUAUAUAAAAAAAGUGAUUUAAUAUCUCCUUUUUUGUGGUGCUGGGAUCAAACCCAUAGCCUUGAGCAUUAAUAUCAUCUUAAAAAUUCUUCAGAACUUCUCUCUGGUAUUUAUUGAUGGCUAGAAUUAUCACAGAGAGGUUAAAUUAUAUUAAAGAUCACGUAACUAGUUAGGAGAGUCAUCACUAGAAUUCACUUCUGAAUAUUGCUAUGCAUUACUUGAGGAUUUAAUUUUAAGAAAAAUUAUAAUACUUCAUGUUUUAGCUGAAUAUCUAAUCUUCAAGAAAAAUUCUAGUGCUUCUUUUUUAGUUGACAAUUUUGAAUUGAGGUAUAACAUGGAAACAGAAACAUAUAUACAUUUUAAGGGUAUAUAACUUGUUGAACUCUUCCAAGAUGUGAGCCCUGUAACUAUCACAUUGAUCAAGAUAAACAUUAUCUUCUUCAUAGUCUCUUCCUACCAUUACAUCAACCAGAUGAUUUUUCUCUCCAUAUUGUUUUGCUUGAUUUUGAAAUGUGCAUAAAUUGAAUUAAGUGUAAUUUUGUGACUGGCUUUUUUAUUCACCAUUAUAAAGGUGAGGUUUAUUCCUACUGUGUGUAGCAGAUGAUUGAUAUAAUUGUUAUUUUGGAUUCCUUUGUAAGAUAUUCCUUAAUUUAUGUGUCCAUUCUAUUGGUGAUAGACUUUUGGGUCUCCAGCUGUUGGCUACUGUAAAUGCUGCUUGAACUUUCUGGUACAUGUGAGUUUUUCUUGAAUUGUUUCUAGGAACAGAAUUCUGUGACCCAGGGUAUGUCUGUUCAGUGUUAGGAGAUACAGCUAAAGAUUUUUCUAAAGAACUGUAUUAUAGUGCAUAUUUUAAAACACAGUGAACAUUAUGGGCCUGCUUUAAAGAAGUAAGGGUUAUAUUGGCUGAAAUAUAGUUUUAAAUACUAAGAAAGCUAAAGUGAUGUAAUUAUUUUAUUUUAUAUAAAAACUAGAAUAAUGUCUUUUAUACUUUUCUUUUUAUCCAAGCCUUUUUUUGAUAUAAGAAAGAGUUGCCUAGAUUAGUGUAUCAUCUUGCAGCUCUCAUCUUGAAGUACAAAAAGUUCUAUAACAGAAAAAAAAUUCAAAUGUUCAGGGAACAUAUGAAGCUACUAUAAAUAUAUUUGUUGCCUAAUAGUAAUGAUUCUUUUUAGCCACUGCAUACUACAGAAAUGUUACUCUUGUACUUAACAUCAGGAAAAGAAAAAUUUCACGUUUCAGUUCAUUUAACAUCCUGUAAGUUUUCUCCCACUUACUAGUGUUUCUUGGUUAUGUUUAGCAUGUUACAAUGAGCUGUGCACUUAGUGUUCUGUAUACAGAAUGCUAGUAUUAGUAAUCUGCGUAGGAUUUAUAUUGUUUUGCCAGUUAAAGUUAGUAGAGAAAUCAAAAUAAGCAUUAUUCCAAAUUAGGUUUUUGGGAUACAUUUAGUUUCUUCUAUUUUAUUUUUGACAUAGGUACCCUAAUUUGAUAGAGUGCUUUUUGAUCACCAGUCCCACCUACCAAAGUGUUUGGAAAGUAUUUUGUAGUGCAGAAGGGUAAUAGUUCAGUUUGCACCAAAAUAUCUCUACUAUGUAGGUGUGGGUGUCAAAGGAAAGAUGGAGUUGAGUUGAAGAAAGUAUUUUGGUGGGACAGAGGAAAGAAAAAUACCACUGUUUUUCAUAUCUUUGUUUUAUGUUGGGUUGUACCGAAUAACUGAAGGAAAUGCUAUGGUUUAAUUGCCCCUUAUUGCUUAUAGAUUUUUUCCAUUACUAUUUCUGCAACCUUACUUGGGUAGACACUUUAUUUGACUGGGUCUUAGUUUCUUUAUCUGUCAAAUGAGAUUAUAGAGCCAAGCCGGUCCCUUUUAGAGCAAAUUGUGUGUGUGUGUGUGUGUGUGUGUGUGUGUGUGUGUGUGUUUCUUUAUAUUGAUGUGGGAAUCAGAUGUGUUUAAUAAAGUGAUGUUUGUUUAUGUUAAUCAAGAGAGACUUAAUAAAGAGGUCUCUGACUUUUUUCUUCUUUGCAAGUGAAAAAAAUUAUUUCAGAAAGAAUAUCCAUCCUCCUUUGCAGAGCUGGGUGACUAGUGCUACAUGAACCAGGAAAGUGAGACCUGCUGAUUCAUGGCAUUGAACUUGGUGUUCUAAGCAUUACAAUUUCUGAUGAAUAGUGUCUCAGGAGACUUCUGAAAAAUGAUACAUUCUGACAUCCAGUGACCUUUUAAACUAAUAUUUCUAUUAUAUAAUUUAGUUGCUUCUGUUUCCUGAAAGUAAUAACAUUAGUUUGUACUGAGGUAGAUAAUGAUUUUGUUAGCAAUUUCCUUUGUGGUAAGUGUUUUUACAGUAAUUUAGUUUGAAGGAAGAAUCAUUUCUACAAAUAAAAUCCAGAGGAGCUCACCUGUACUGUACCAGGAUGAAGAGAAAAAUGUAGCUGUUGACUUCUGGGACAAUAUUCUUGAGACUCAAAAUAAUACUCAUAUUGGCUGAAUUUACUUUUGAAAAAUCUUUUAAACACAUCCAUGUAUGCAUACGCUUGUGAUUUUAUGGCAAAGGGACGAGACUGUAAAGUCAGACCUAUUGCUCGUCAUCUCUCCAUAGAUAAAGAAUAUUUCAAGCCUGAUAUUCAUUUUGUAUAAAACAAGAGUAAUAAUAUCUUAUGAUGUUUAUAAUAUUAAUAAAAUUAUAACCAGAACCAUCAUGCCUGCGUCAGUGGUACUUAAUGAGAUUAUCAACUUUUUUUCCUUCAAAUGUGUACUACAAGUUCUUAAAAUGACUUUUGAGUUAUUAAAAAUAAUUUAAAUUAUUUGUGGCCAGCUUUUACUGUUAAGUUUAUUUUUUACAUCUGAUUAUUUGAUUCAUCAUAUAUUCAUUAAUUCUUUCUAUCAAUAUAAUUGAUCGCUCAGAAUACCUAGUUCCCAUUUACGUACGGUAACAAUUUGUUAUACCGAGAAUGACAAGAGUAGGAAUGGAUGGUUGAACUUUAGUCUUACAUGCUCCUCUAAAAUUUUGACAGUCAUAAUAAAAAAAUGUGUGCUAAAAAGAAACAAUAGCACAUCUUUCCACUUUGCUUCUAUUCUUUAAUCAAACUGUGUGCCUUCCGCCCACUGUUCCUGUAAACCUUUGCUCUACUAACUGAUCUUGUCAUUGCUGACAGUUAUGUCUUUGCAGCCAUACAGCUGAUUUCAGAGCAUUUUGCUCUCCACUAGGGCUGAGGUCCUCUGUGGAGGACCUCAGUGCUUUUCUAUGGUUCGUCCUUUGUCACACCUUCUUCUUUGUCUCAGCUACUUGCACAAGCUGUCCUGUAUUGGUGUAUCUGUCUCUGUGGCUUAACUCUCCAAGUAGAAUGCACACAGCAACAGUCAUUUUUGUCUUUUAGUGUCUUUGGCGAACUUUGUAGUCCCUCACAUGGCAGGUUUUUGCUGAAUGUUUGUUGGUGUCAUUGCUGCAAGUAUUCUUGCUAGUGCUGAGGAAAAGAAUGAAAAUCUGCUCCUGGAUGUAUGGUAGCUGUGUCUUUUCUCCAACCACCUUCGGGUAACUGAGAAACUUUAGGUUUGACUACAUUGAGGCAAGACUUAGUUAUUUCUGAUAAAUGAUUGAUUCAUUUUCUUUCAUCCAUUUGUUUCCUUGUCUGUUGAUGCAAUCAAAUUUUUUAUUUAGUACUGUCAUUUAGGUAAUACACAGCAUUUUCUAGGGAACAUACAGAUAGGGACAAUAUCAACAGGGAAUGAUCCUUUAAUCAUUGUUAUUGGCUAUACCUAAAUAAUUGUUUUCUUUGAAUAACUUCAAAAGACUACCAAAGCAAUAUUUAUAUGUUUGUCUGAGUUGAAACAGACUGCUAAAUAUGAUGUAUUUUUUAGGACUCUCAGUUUUAAAAAUACUCGGAUAUUUUCCUUUCAUAAAAACUACUUAUCUUUGUUGCAUUAGAUGAAAUUUUGAUUUUACUAAAAAUAUAUUUCUGAGUCAGAAAGUGCUGAAGAAUUUCUGAAGGCCAAAUAUUUCAACUGAAAUAAUGGGAGAGCCAAUAUUAAAUAUAUGACAUACUCACUGUUCUGUAUUUUGCAUUAUUUUUGCCUUUUUAAUCUACUCGGUAAGGCUAGUUUUGGGGGGCCAUUUUACCCUACCCAGUAAAAAAAGAAUAUGGAUGCCAACAUUCUAAAAAAGCGAAGAAAUCUAUUUUAGGGAAAGACAACUUGACCCAUCACUAAUUUGAGCAUGAAUUCAUUUUUUGUAAAACCAUUGAAAGGUCUGAUACAUAAAACAAGUAUCCAUAAUUUUCAUCAGGAUAAGUAGGAAACAGCUUUCAUUUAAAUAGAAGAAGCUAUAUAACAAAACAGGAAGGAAGGGUGUAAUAUGAAUGCACAGGUGUAAAAAAGACUAAUUUAAAAAUUUAAAAAUGAAAAAUGUUGCCAUUCAAAUGAAAUCAAAUUGCCAGUGUAGACAAAAUAGAAAAUUUUUCUAUUUUAAGUAGAAAUUUGUUUGAGAAAUUUACUGUUAAAGAAUUUUUGAAUUGGAAGAAAGUAUUAAACCAAAUCAAAGAUAGGUAUAAGACAUAAGCAUACAUGUAGUUGAGGCUGAAAAAAUAGCUUGUGUCUUCAUAACUAAGAGUAUAAAAAUAUUGUAAACAUAUAACAUCUUUAUUUAUUUAUCUAGUAUUCACUUAAUAUAACAAGAUAAAGUUAUGGAACUGUGUUUGAAAUCAUUCCUCACAAAAAUUCUAAUGCAAAAUAAUUAUAUAUUAAUUUAAAGUACAAUUGCCUAUUUAUCCUUUUUAGUUAUUCAUACUUCAUAUUCCAUAGGUAACCAUUAUCUAUUUGGUGUGCACCAUUCCAGACCUUUAUUCUUGUGUACUUAUAUAAAAAUAUGUGUGUACAUGCAGAAAUAUGUAAUUUUAUGAAGGUGCAAAUUGUUCCUAUUAUUGCAUACCUUUAAAAAAUUCACAAUAAAUGUUAUGGCAUUGUAAUAUAUAUGAGAACUUUCUAUGGUGUGUAGCUCAGAUUUAUUUUUUUAAACUUCUGUGAGUUGUUCUUUGCUGUAUGGAUUGCCUAGCUUUUUAAUCAUAUUUCUGACUGAUGGUCAUUUAGAAUUUUUUGAACUAUUGCUUCUCUAAACAGCAUUUCAGUAAAUAUACUUUGGAUGUGUUUCUCUUUGUAAUUAUGUGUGUCUCUAGAAUAUAUAAUUACAAGUGGAGAUGAAAUUAGAGGCAAAUUUUAAAUUUUGAUCAGUACUGGUAAUAUUACCCUCCAACAAAGUACUAUUUUACCUUCCUAUCAACAGUUUAUUAGAAUGACAGUUUCCCCAUGAUGUCAAUAGUAUUGGAAAUUAAGAAGCUUUUAAAGUUUACAAUUUUAUGGGACAGAUAUCUUGAUUUUAUUCAUAUGAUUAAAAUUGUUAGUGAUGUUGGAAUUUUUCUUCAUCUUUAUAAAUAUUUAAGUUUUUUAUUAGCACAUGUUUACAAUAUUCAGCAAUCCAUUCAUCACUAUGGAGUGUUGCUUCAUUUUAUAUUUAUUUCUCUUUCAUCUACUAACUGCUGAUAACUUUUGCUAUUAUUUUGAGUUCUGUGUGUGAUAAGUAUUAAUCUUGUUUGUGGAGUAAAUAUUUUUCCACUUGCCAUUUAGCUUUCUUAUAUUCACACUCCAUAGAUGUUUCGGGUUGUUCAGUUGAUUUUUUAAGAAUCUCACAAUCAUAAUAAUAGAGAUAUUGUACUUGAUUUAGUCAAAUUUUGUUUUAAAUAUUUAAGAUAUCUUAACAAGGUGAGGGAAGCUAAACCCUAGCUCUGAUUUAUAUUUUUCCUGUAAGAAAGCUUUUCCUGUCUCAAUUGCUUCUUGUGCGCAUGUUAAGAUUAUGAAUUACAGAAGAGCAUUAGUAAGUGUGAUCUGUGUUAAGCUCCCAGCACCUGUCCUACACCUCUUCCUGCCUCAGUGUCAAAGGCCAGUGAAAGCUUUUUAUCAGCGUUUCCUAUGCGGUCAUCAACAGGAAACAGCGAUGUGUCUGUAGAGGAAGAGGUGUCUGGAACUUUUGGUUUAUUAUUGCAUGACUAAUUGCGCCUGAAACUGAUUUUCUUAUGCCUUUAUUUUUGUAUACUGAGAAGAGACUGAAAAAUGAGGGAAAUGAAAGAAAUCAAUGUGAAAGAUUCAAAGCAUGAUAAAUUUAGUAGUCUGGUAUCUCAUGUACUGGUCAGCCAUGCCACAGAUCUCUAGGAAGUUAAAUUCCCAUGAACUUGCACUGUCAGGGUCAAGCAGAAAAAGCUACAGUGAACCUGGGCACUGGGUCACUGUGUUUAUUUGUGUAGUUCAAACUGGUCUUGAACUCAGGAUGUAGCCCAGGUUGGCCUUGAACUCACAGCAGUCCUCUGGCCUCAGCCUCCUGAGUGCUGGGAUUACAGGCAGGUGCCAUCACACUGAGCUGCCGUUUAAUUAAUACACUGCAUGUUUAUCACAUUCCUCAUAAGGACUUGGUGCACGUACAGGACCCUUCACAUGCACUGAGUUUUCUGAAAUCUCAUUUUGUCCCCUUCCUCUACCCUGCUGACAUCUGUCCAUUUCCUUGCCAUGUGCCAAAGAUUCACCUCACUCUUUUCUGUUGUCUGUUCUUUAUAUUGUACUUUAUUUAUAUUUGGGGUUCUCAUGUAAGAGGAAACGUGAUAUUUAAGCUUGUGUAUGUGAUUUACUUCACUUAACAUUACAGCCUCAAGGUGUAUCCAGUUUCCCACAACUGACUCUACUUUAUCCAUCUUUGUGGCAGAGUGAUCCUCCAUUAUGUACAGAGCACAUUUUCUUUUCCAUACUUCUGUAGUGUACAUUGAUGUUGCUUCCAAGAUUUAGCUAUUGCUAUAAAUGUGGAUGUGCAUGUAUCACUGUAAUGUGAUGUUUUUAAUCUUUAGGAAAGAUUAAAGACCUUGAAGCAAAAUAGCUCGGUCAAAUGAAAUUUCUAUUUUUUAUUUGUUUAAGGAAUCCCCAUACUGAUUUCAAUAUUGGUUUUCUUAUUCAUUUUCAUUUAUCUUUUUCCUUGUAUAGGGUAUAUAGAUACAUUGUGCUUUGUAGGUCAGAUAAAAUAACUUGCUUUUCAUAGUUAAAAUUUUCUUAAGUUAGUGGUUUGUGAGCUUGUAUGUUUAUUGAAAAGACUGACUUUGGCCUUAAUUCUGUCAUAUAAUUUAAUGUUAUAAUUAUUAUGUGAGCUGGGUUUCUUUAUAUUUUUUCUUCAAAGUUUUAUUGAUAAAGAGACUUUAUUUUUGGUGUAGCAGUCAUGUUUAUAUUUGUGUAGUUACUGAUAUCUUUAUUCACCAUUUGAAAAUUUUGACAUUUAAUUUGAUUUUUCAGCUCCUAAUGAAUUCUGUAAUUCUUGCCUAAUGCCUAUAUAAAAAGCUUACCCUGUUGUUUUCCUGUACUUUGUAUUCCAUUGUUUUAUCUGCAUUAUUUAUGUGUUUUGAGAACAUUCAGUACUUAGUAUAUAGUAUUUCAUGUAACAUAUUUUCUCAUCCUUAAGUUUUUUAAUGGUAUCUUAUAAACCAUGUAUAUGUAUAGUGUUUUUAACUUUAAUUUCCCAAUUUUUGCUUAAUUAAAUUAAUUUCAACUUCUAAUAGAUUCCUCAAGAAUUUGAGGAUAUAAGAGUUUUUAAUGCUUGAUGUUUUAAAACUUUUUCUAUAGCUUUGAUAUUUUCAGGCAGCUUGGUUGGAUAUAAAUGUCUGCACUUUAUCUCAUGGAGUUUUAAGAAAAUACCACUCUAUUUAUGUCUUGGUUUGAGUCUUGUUUGGGAUGAAGCUAUUGGUUGCAUAUUCUUUGAUUUUUUGACUCAUUUCUCAGAGUGUUUUGUCUUUACUGUCCCUAGUUUAUUAGACUAUGCUUCUUGAAUUAAUUUUUUUUCCCUUGUGCUCAUUGGACACUUUCAAUGUGUGUUUUUUGGCUUUUUAUUUUGGAAUAAUUUAUUAGAGUCAUAAAUAUUAAUGUUAUUCACCUUGAAAAUUGUUUUCUUCAAGAAUUCAAUUUGUAUAUAAGUAGACCUUGGUUGACUUGUCUUCUGUUUCAGCCACUUUCUCACGAAAGUUUUUACGCUUUCUCCAUUUCAUUUCAUUCACUAGGUUCAUUUUCUGUUACUUUUCUAGUAUUCCUUAAUUAUAUUUUCUUUCAAAUCAAAUUUUCCUUGAACUAUGUAAUUCAGUUUCCAUUUGUAACAUGAUUUUGUAUUCUGAGUUCAACCAACUCUUGUUUUAUUUCUUCUUUUAUAAAGCUAUUUAUCCAUUUUUCUCCUUUGCUUUCAUUUCAAAGUAGUUUUUCAUCUAACUAAAUAUUAGGUUUGUAGAGAUUUACUUCUGUUUUAGGGUUAAUAUUGUUAAGCUGCACCAAUUUUUUGGUGAAAGUGUAGAAUUUUCAUCAGCUCAUUUUUUUGUGUGUGUGUGUCUUUUUGAGACAAGAAAAAGUGAGUUCAGGCUAGGCUUACACUCACCUUAGCCUAGGUUCGUCCUGAACUCACAGUGAUCCUCCUGCCUCUGAAAUGCUGAGAUUACAGGUGUGUUCCAUGAUGCCGGACUCAUUAGCUGAAUUUGGUUAUCAUUCUUUUAAUAUUAUUUUUCUUUUCACUGGGCUAGAAUGGCAGUAACAUUCUUGGUUCAAGAUCAUCUUCUUUUGUCAGCGUCAGUGAAGUAUUGUUUCAUUACCAGAUGGCAUAAUUUUUGAAUAGUCAUAUGUUAAUUUUAUUUUGUUUUAUGUAUUCUAGAUAUCUCUUUUCUUCUUUACCUUUGUAGUGUAUCUGAUCCCAAAUAAACCUCGGUUCUUGGUUUAGUCCAUUUUUCUCUCCAAGGAGAACGCCUUCCAAUGCUAUCUUGCCUUGUCUCCUGUGACUUUCCAAGUCCCUUCUCUGUUAUCUGUGUUGCACGCUUUCGUUGUUUCCCUCAGUGAUUUCGCAUGCAGAGUCCACCUUCACUUCCUACCAGUAGUUUCAAGCUGUCUUCUCUUUUCUGUGUAAUUUCCUCUGAACUGCUCCUGGAUUCUGUGAAGACUGUAGCAAGAGUGUGCAAGAGCCGUGGGUAGGUUUAUUUUUGUAUUUGCUUACACUUAAUCAGAAGUUCCAAAGUUCUCUUUCUUCUAGUCCUGUUGAGCUCAUGAGUAUUGCAUAGUCCUCACUCUCCUCACCUUCAACUUUAUGCUUAUUUUCUUUCUUUUUCAAAGAUAUUUGGAAACUUUGAGAUCAAUACCUUUGUCAUUGUUUUUGCUACUUUGAAUACUCUGUCAAUGAACCAUUGAUAUCAUCCAACAUCCUAUUGCAAUGCAAAUGUUUUUUUAAAAAAAAUUUCUGCUUAUGAUGAAAUUCCAAUCUAAAUACAUAUAAGUGCUUUUAAAGCUUGAGAAGAUUUUUUAAAUCAUUAUAGAUUUUAUCAGAUACAUUGUCUCAGCAGGUUAGAUAAAGUAGAUUCUUAGAUCUUACCAAGGUCUUGCUAACCUAAAAAUCAGUGGCUUUUCGUCUCUCUGUUAUAAAUGAGUAGAGUCUUAAUGCAUUUUGUGUGACUAAAUAAUAAAACAAUGAUCUUCCUUUUAAGUGGGAUGCAUCAUUGACUGCUGUCUUUUUGCUAAGAUUAUCUGAGACAACCGUGUAUGUUUAGUAAGUCCAAGGGCAUGUUGAAGUUUCAUGUGGAAUAGUUACAUGGAAUUUGCUGCAGCAAUCGCUCUACUGUUUAAUGACAAGUAAUUAUCCACAUCACUUCCCAAGACAUACAUCUCUCUCUUGUCCUUCAGCAUUAUGAACAUCCCACCCAUGGGCAUGCACACUUCCUCAGCAGCUGUCAUUACCUUCUUGAAGACAGCACACCUCUCAUAUAACUAAAUCCAAGUCUAGCUUUACUGGGGACUCUAAAAUAGAAAUCCCUUCUUUUUCUUUUUCUAAUGGCCAUUUAUUUUAUAUUCCUCAGACUUUGUAAUGCUUUUAAAAUCUGUAGCCUCUGAAAUAUUUUUUAUGCCAAUAAAGAACAAAAAGGGACAGCUACUUUCUACUGGGGAAAAUUGUAUAAUCAUGUAACUGCAUUUCUAAUGAUCAUUUUGUAAGUUCCUACUCAUUGUAGGUACCAUGGAUUUCACCCUAACAUGUCCUAAUUGCAGUAAUAUUUUUGAAUUUUGUUUCCUGAAUUACAUCAAUUUUUGAACAUUUUUAAAGUUCUACUGGAGUCUACAACUGAGUGGAGAAGAACCCCAGCUCUAUCAGUGGUUUUCAGAAUAACUUUUAAGAGCUUAUAGGACAGUGCUCUGAGAGAUCUGUUCCAAUGAUGAUCUUUUGAAAAAAAUAAUUCUCUCAGUAAGAUUGGAUUAUUGUACUUUCUUUAGUUCAAGUACGACUGAGAGGUCAUGAAGUGGCUAUUGCACUUUUUAUCUAUAUUUUCUACCUUAAUGAAAAGUGAUGGAGAAACAUGACUGGGGAUAAUGCUUUAUUCCAUAAUUAUUUCCAUAUAUUUUCUAUAGUAACUCCCCUGCUAAACAGGUGCUUGAUCAGGUAUGUAUUUAAAUUUCCAUUUUCAAUUUGAAAUCAGGAUCAUUUUGAUAUGAGACCUAGAAAGUUUAGAAUUUCUCACAUUAUGUACUUCAUGUACUUCAGCUUCCAUUUCUGACCUCAAAAAUAUUACUGCCUAGGUUUUCUACCUCUGCAUUUAUUUUGGCUAAGGCAGAAUAUUUGAUAACAUUUAAAUUAUUGAGAUACAAUAAAUUUACCUCCUUGCUUCUAAUUUGUCUCUGAAAAUAGUUUUAAACAUUUUGUCUUUACCCAGAAAUAGCAUGUUUGUAGGUCAAGUUUUCCUAUAUUUAUUUUGCUUUCAUUUAUUCAUGUAUUGCACAUUUGCUCUGCCAAGUUCUGUGACAGAUACAGUUCAGUGUUGGUGGAUAAGAAAGUAGAUGGAUAGAUGAAGCACUGGUCACAAUACCUUGCAGAAUAAUUGUAACAGUAAUGUGCAACAAAGGGAGGGAGUGGAAGACAAGCUAACAGAGGCAUAGAGAUUAUUUUAUUAAAGUGGUACAUUUAUAUGUAUAAAUAUAAUUUGACUGAACUGUUAUAAAUUGAAUUAAAUGGCCUUGUAUUUCAAUUUUUUUCCUAGCACUAGGGAUUGAACUCAGGCCCUUUGCACUAUAUUCCCAACCCUUUUAUGUUUUUGUUUUUACUUCUUAGAGGCAGGGUCUCACUGAGUCAUGAAGUUGCUAGGCUUGGCUCAGACUCUUAAUCAUGACUCAGGAUUUCACAGCGCUGAGACUACAGCUGUGUGCAGCCACACUCACCUUUGAUAUUUUCUUCCCCCAAAAUUAUCAUAGAAUUGAUACUACAUUUUCCUGUGUAUUUGGCCAUGUUUUCUGACUCAGGUUUAGGAAAGCCUACUCUUUUAAAGCCAUACUGUUCAAAAUAUUAUAAUCUAUGAACCCCAACGUUUGUUAUUAGGUCCCUCAGGUGCAGUUGAUUAUUUCCUCUGUAAAUAAUUAUGUUAUUUAUAUGAUAAUUAUUUAAAUUAAAAUACCUGGGUGACAUCCCUGUAAAUUUUGGCAAAUAAUAAAAACAUACUCUAUGUAACUUAGGCUAUUGAAAAAUAAUAGGUUUGCAACCAAUUCUUUUUUCAGUCCCUCUCUUGAAAUUUCCUAAUUCCUAAAUAUUACAUCAGAUAGUUUUUACUAAUCGUUAUUGUAUGUUCUGUUUAAGUUUCUGUUUAAAUUACAUAUUAUCUUUAUCAUUUAAAAUGCUCCAAAUAUUAACAGUGUAGCGUGCUACAUUUUUGAUUUAAGAUAGGUUGAGAUUUAACAUUUAAAAAUAAAUACUUAAAAUGGUCAUACUUCCAGAAAAAGACAUAUUUUUGAAUAUAAUUCUGGCUACCUAUUCACACUUAGUAAAAUCCAUAGUAAUUCUAUCAUAUCAUCUAAUAAACAGCCUUCGAUUGUCUCCCAAAAUGUAUUUUAUUGUUUUCUGUCUUUCUAGUACCAGGGCCAAAGUUCACAAGGUCAUCAUGGCACGCAUACAUGUUUUUGAAUAAAAUCCUAAUCCUUUGUUUGGUGGCUGUGGUGGUGAAAAGGAGAAGUGUCUCUUUCCCAGUGACUAUUGUUUCUCUGGAAAAAAAGUGAGGCAGUUGAGUAGGAGUUACCCACAGAAGCACAGGGAUAAAGCUGCGGAUGUCCUUGCUUUGGCUCCUUUGUUGACCCGAAUGGGCUCACACUGGAGGACCGGCAAGGACCAGCACCUUUCCCUCCUUUUCCCACCUUUACUUCUCUUUUCGUUUGCCUUUUUCCUCUUGACUUUUACUAUUUCAGAUUCAUAAAAAAGUCACUUUAUUUCAUGACAAAGUAUUUUUUUCCUCAGUGGCCUUUUUAAAAAGUAAGGCUUUGCUGUGUUGCUCACACUGUGUGCGACUCCUGGGCCUGAGGUAUCCUCCCUCAGCCACUUGGGUAGCUGACAAGCACUCAACGCCAUGUCCAGCCUUCAGUAUCCUUUGUUUUUUUAAAAGCCAUCAGAAAACUUUUAAGUGUAUAGGUAGGAUUUUAUUGUUAACCCAGAACAUAAUGUUAUAUUGUAAAGAAUAUCUUUCUUUUUUAUUUAAAGAAAAAAAAUAUAAAAAUGGUAGAAAUAAUUCCCAAUUUCAAAAAUAAACAGUAAGAAAUCACUAGUUUAUAAUUACAUAUUGUCAUCUUACAAAUAGUUGUUCAAUUUACAAAAGUGAAGCAUAUAAAGUAGACAUUCAGACAGUGAGACUGCAAACAGUUCUGUUCAACUAUCCAACCAAAAUCUAGUAAUAUGGUUAUCAAUCCUACCCACUUAAACAUACAUGUAGUUAUAUCCCUUAGAGCAUUUUCUUUUCCUCUCUUUUUUACAAUAGCAAUUACACAUUUUGGGUUUUAUUACUCCUACAUUUCUUAUUAAUUUUUAUACUAGAGACACAAUGGAACAUUUAUAAAUAUGAUUCUUAUUUAUUUCACUAAUAAGGUUAGCUUCAAGUUGUCUCCAUUUGCCUAUGAAGGCCUCAAGAUCAUUCUUUUUAUAGCUGAGUAAUAUUCCAUUGCAUAAAAAUACCACAUCUUUUUCAUCUACUCUGUGGUUGAUGGACAUCUUGGCUGUUUCCAAGAUUUAGCUAUUACAAAUUGUGCUGCUAUGAACAUGGGUGCACAGAUAUCAUUGUGAUAUGACCUUUUCAGUUUUUCUGGGAAAAUACCCAGAAGGGGAAACCUGGAUUGAAUGGAACUUACAGUCUUAGUCUUCUGAGGAUUCUCCAUACUGAUUUCCAUAGUGGUUGUACCAGUCUACACUCCCACCAACAGUGGAGCAGUGUUCCUUUUUCCCUGCAGCCUCCCCAACAUUCGUUACCAGUUAAUUUCUUGAUGACAGCUAUUCUUUCCAGAGUGAGAUGAAAUCUCAAUGCUGUUUUAAUUUGCAUUUCUCAGAUGACCAGUGAUGGGAACAUUUUUUCAUGUAUUUAUUUGCCAUUUGUAUAUCUUCAUCUGGGAACUGUGUGUUGUCUCCAAUGCCCAUUUUUGGAGAGAGUCUUUAAAUUUGGAGGGCUUGAUGUUUUCAAUUCUUUAUAUGUUCUGGAUAUAAGUCCUUCGUCCGAGAGGUUGCUGGAUAAAAUUCUUUCUCAUUCUGUGGGUUUCCUUUUCACUGUUGGUGAUUUCUUUUAAAGUGCAGAAACUAUUCAAUAAUAUGAGAUCCCAGUUGUUGAUUCAUUGAAGUAUUUCCCAUGCAGUUUGUGUUUUCAUGAAUUCUUUCUUACCACAACUUCUACCUACCUUAUCUUCCAGUAGAUUUAGUGUUUCUGUUUUAAUAUUUAGGCCUUUGAUCUAUUUAGAUUUUAGUUUUAUGCAUGGUGAUAGGUAUGAAUUUAGUUUCAGUCUUUGGCAUGUGGGGAGCCAAUUUUUCCAAUACCAUUUAUUAAAGAGGCUAUCCUUCUUCAAGUGAACACGUUUAGCCCUUUUGUCAAAUAUCAGGUGGUUGAGUGUCUUGGUAGUUGUGCUUGCAUCUUCUAAUCUGUUUCAUUGAUCCUCAGGUCUGUUUCUUUGCCAGUACCAUGCUGAUUUUAUCACUGUGGCUUUGUAGUAUAGUUUCAAGUCAGAAAUUGAGAUGCCUCCUGCCUUGCCUUUGUUGUCCAGAACUACUUUUGCUAUUCUAGGUUUCUUGUGUUACCAAAUGAAUUUUAGGAGUGUUUUCUCUAGAUCUGUGAGGUAUGUUAAUGGUAUUUUGAUUGGGAUUGCAUUAAAUGUGUAUACAGUGGGCGUUUGGCCAUUUUCACAAUGUUGGUUCUUCCUAGCCAAGAGCAAGGAAUAUCCUUCCAUUUUAUAAUAUUCUCUUCAAUCUCCUUUUUUAGCAUAUCAUAAUUUUUAGCAUAUAGGUCUUUUACAUUCUUGGAUAGGUUGAUUCCCAAGUAUUUCAUUUUUUUAAAUGCUAUUGUGAAGGGCGAUAUUUCCAUAAUUUCUCUCUUGGUGAGUUUUUUGUUUGUGUACAGGAAUGCUAUUGAUUUUUGAGCAUUGACUUGGUAUCUAGCUACACUACUGAAUUUGUUUAUUACUUCUGAUAGUCUUUUAGUGGAGUUUUUUGGAUCUUCUUAUAAAGUACCAUGUCAUCUGCAAAUGGUGAUAAUUUAACUUCUUCCUUUCCUAUCUUUAUUCCUUUUAUUUCUCUCUUUUGUCUGAUUGCUCUGGCUAGUGUUGCCAGAACUAUAUUGGAUAGGAGGUGGGUGAUAGUGAACAUCCAUGUCUUGUUCCUGAUUUUAAAAUGAAAGAUUUUAGUUUUUGUCCAUUUAGUAUAAUGCUGGCUGUUGGUUUGUUAUAGAUAGUCUUUAUAAGUUUGAGGUAGAUACUGCGUAUUCCAAGUUUCUGAAGGUUUAUUAUCAUGGAUAUGUGUUGGACUUUAUUUGAAGCUUUUUCUGCAUCUAUUGAGAUGACCAUGUGUUUUUGUUUUUGGCUCUGUUAAUGUGGUGUAUUACAUUUAUUUAUUUGCAUAUGUUAAAUCAUCCCUGUAUUCCUGGGAUGAAUCCCACUUGGUCAUGAUUUAUUUGCCAGUAUUUUAUAGAGAAUCUUUACACCAGUGUUCAUUAGAGAGAUUGGCCAAUAGUUCUCCUUUUUGGUUAGGUGUUUCUCUGGUUUUCGUAUCAGAGUAAUACUUGCCUUCAGGAAUGUUUUAGGGAGGAUUGCUUCCUUUUCAAUUUCAGUUUAAGGAGUAUUGGCAUCACAUCUUCUCUAAAUUUCUUGUAGAAUUCAGCCAUGAAUCUAUCAGGACCUGGGCUUUUCUUUGUUGGCAAGUUUUUAAUUAUGUUUUCAAUUUCAGUAGCUGAUACUGGGUUAUUCAAAAUUGCUAUAUCUUCUUGGUUGAGCUUUGGUAGUUCAUAUGUUUCUAGAAAUCUGUCCAUUUCCUCUGUGUUUUCUACUCUAUGUCAGUAGAGAUUUUCAAAGUAGGUAUUCAUGUUGUUGUGAAUUUCCAUGGGAUCUGUAGUAAUUUCCCUCUUUUCGGUCCUUAUUGCAUGAAUUUGGGUUUUAUCUUUCUUUUUCUUUAUGAGGUUAGCUAGAGAUGUGUCAAUUUUGUUUAUUCUUUCAAAAAACCAGCUUUUGGUUCAUUAGCUUUUUAAAUGUUUUUUAGUUUCAAUUGCAUUGAUUUCUGCUCUAAUCUUUACAAUUUCCUCUCUUCUAUGAGCUUUGGGUUUAACUUGCUCUUUUUCUAGAAGCUUGAGAUGAAGCAUUAGGUUGUUUAUUUGUGCUUGUUCUGUUUAUUUGAUGUGACAAUUUAUUGCUAUAUAUUUCCCUCUUAAUUUUCAUUACAUGCCACAGAUUGCAAUAUAUUGUUUCUGCAUUUUCAAUGAAUUGUAGGUAUUGCUUUAUUUCUUCUUUAAUUUCAUCUGUAGUCCACUGGUUGUUCAAAAGCUUAUUAUUUAAUUUCCAUGUAUUUAUGCAUGUUUUGCAAUUUCUUUUUCCAUUAACUUCCAAUUUCAAUGCAUUAUGGUCAGAUAUUAUGCAUGGGAUAAUUACAGUACCUUUGCAGUUAUUUAAGAAUGUUUUAUGGGAUUAUAUAUGGUCUAUUUAGGAGAAUGACCCAUGUGUAGCUGAGAAGAAUGUGUGCUCUGAUAUAGUUGGGUGGAGCACUCUGUAAACAUCUACUAAGUCCAAUUGCUUGUAGGUGUGAUUCAGUUCUAUUAUUUCUUUGCUGACAUUUUGUCUAGUUGAUCUAUCUCUUUGUGACAAUGGGGUGUUCAGGUCUCCUGUUAUAAUUGUGUUCUUAUGUAUUUGGUUUUUCAAGUCCAUUAAUAUCUGUCAUAUAUAGUUGGGUGCUUCUGUAUUUGAUGCAUACAUAUUUAUAAUUGUUAGUUCUUCCUCUUAAAUUUUUCCACUAAUGAGUAUGUAGUGACCUUCUUUAUCUCUUUUAAUCAUUUUAGGCUUGAAGUUCAUGUUGUCUGCAAGUAGAAUAGUUACCCCUGCUUUUUUCUGGGUUCCUGUUGCAUGGAAUACUGUUUUCCAUCCUUUGACUUUUAAUGUAUGAGUUUUUUUGGGUCAGAUAUUUUUCUUGUACACAGCAUAUUGUGGGAUCAUGUUUCUUGAUCCAUUCUGUCAACUUAUUUCUUUUGAUAGGUGAAUUGAGGCCAUUUACAUUUAUGGAUAUCACUGAUAUGUACUGGCUCAACUUUGCCAUAUUAUGUUCCAGUUGUUUGCUUUCUGCUUUUCCCCCUUGUUUAAUUGCUUGUCCUACUUGGUGGUUUCUUUCUUUUGUUGUUCUGGAGAUUGUGAUCAUUUUUAUCUCUAUCUAGUAUGUCUUUCAAUACUCUUUCUAGAGUUGGUUUUGUGGAUGUGAAUUUCUUCACUUAUUCUUUGUCAUGGAAGUGUCUUGUUUCUCCAUUAAAUUUGAAUGAAAGCGCUUCUGGGUACAUCAGUCUGGGUUGAAAGUUGUUUUGUUUCAGGGCUUAAAAUACCUCACUCUAAGCUCAUCUUGACUUGAAGGUUUGUGCUGAAAAGUCUGCUGUGAGGUGAGUUGUAUCUUUUCCCUAACAGCUGUUAUUAUUCUGCUUUUAUGCUGUAUGUCUGAGAUCUUAAUUAAUGUAUUUCUGGAUGUAGAUUUAUGUUGUGACUAUGUGGCAUACUAUAUGCCUCACUUAUCUGCAUAUCACAUUUUCCCCCCAUUUUUUCUACUAUUACUUCUGUGAAUAUUUUAGUUAUGUCAUUUGCAUUGACUCCUGCAUCUUCACUGAUGCCUAUUAAUCUUAUACUGUUGCUCUUGGCAUCCUCUUGAAGCUGCUGGGUUGUCAUUUCAUGCUUUGGUAUUUUAAAAAAUUCUAUCCUUUCAUGAUCACUAAUUGCGAUCCUGUCCUCAAGGUCCGAAAUUUUAACUUCAGCUUCAUUUAUAGGAUUUUGCCAGCUCUGAAUAGAAUUUUUUGUUUCUUGGAUGUCCUUUGAAUUUGUCGCAUAAAUUCUGCUUAUUUUCUAUAUUGCUCAUUCACGGUUUCAAUCAGUUUCCCAUGUUCCUGUACUUUUUUCUUUAUUUCUUCUAUAGCUGUGUUCAGCAACUUGUUUACUAAUGUUGUUAUUUCUGUGUUUACAUGGGAGAGUACUUCUAAUUUGAUUUCCACUAUAGUCUCAUGAAGUUGGUUUUUUGUUUCACUUGAUAUCUUUUCAGAGAUUUCUGGUGUGUUACUUUUGAAAUCCUGUGUUUCAAUAACUCCUGUACUUGCUCCUGGUAGAUUAGAUGUUUGAGAUUGCAUUUUUCUUUUUUCUUUUGCCAUUUUCCCCUUUAGAGUUAAUAUUUUGUCCUUCAAUCCUACUAGUGUCAACUGUUGGUAGCGUGUAUCUUGGGGUCCUAAUGUAAGGUUGAUGUUUGUCCAGUGGUCCCUCAGCAGUGUAGGGUUCCUCAGUGCCAGCUGGAGUUGCACCUAUUUGUGGGUUUUGAGCAAUGUUUCAAAGCUUCCUGGGUGCACUGGGAAUCACCUGGCCCACUUUUGACUCCUGGGGCAGACUGUGGGCAACUGUUUGCCCUUGGAAUUCACCUGGAAUGGGCCAGUUGGGCCUGAGGGGACUCCCUGUGUCCUUUGGUGAUUUCAGACACAGGGCGUGGUCUUACUGCCUGGGGGGGGGGUAGUUCUUUUUUUUUUUUUUUUUUUAAUUUAAGGAGAAAAGAAAAAAAAACAGUGAAGGGGUACAAGUUAUACAGAUUUACAGAAGAAAAAAAUGCGCAGUAGGAAAUCACUAGUUAAUGGAUUACAAAUUGCCAUCUUAGAAAUAAUUGUUCAAGUCACAAAAUUAAAGCUUGUAGAGUGGACAUUCCAACAAUGAUACUGCAAACAGUUCUGUUCAAUGAUCCAAUAACUACUUUUGAAGACCUACAAUGUCUCCAAUGUUUUGGUUUUGUCGGUUUUGUUCUUUACUGUUUUGUUCAAUUGUAUUACAACUAAUGAUAUAGGCAGUUCUAUUAGAGAUAGCGGGAGGCAUUAUGGUAACCAUUGUUGAUCACCUUGUAUUAUGUUUUUAUAUUAUCUAUUAUGUCCACCCUUUUGACUUGACCGAUUCUGUUCUGUUAUGACACAUUUGGUUUUACUCUCUUCCAAAAAAGCAAUAAGAACCGUGGGAGCAAUGAAACCCAAAAUGUGUAAUAGUCAUUGUACAAAAGAGAGGAAAAGAAAAUGCUCUAAACUAUAUAACUGCAUGUAUAUUUAAGUGUAUAAGAUAGAAAAUGAUAUCACAGAGUUUUAUUGGGGGGGGGUAGUUCUAAGGCUUCCCGUUCCCUGUUCCCUCAGGGCCAGGGACUAGAUUCAGGGUGGUUUGCUGCUUGCAGGUGGCUGGGCGUGGCCUGGUUCCGAAUAUCUUUUAAAGCUAUUCAAUUUACAUAUCUAAAAGUUUUUAUCAGAUGAGUAGCAAUUCUCAAAUUCACAUCCCUGGGCUUGUGGUGCACAGUAUUUGAGGUACUUUGCGUUUCUGGAGUUUGACUCUCCUUAGAUAUCUUAUAAAAGUGCAGUCCUGAAGCAUUUUUAUUUCUCUGCCUAGCUUAUUUCACUUAGUAUGAUGUUCCAGGUUCAGCUAUGUUGUUGGAUAUGGAAGAAUCUGUUUCAAUUCUAAGACCAAAAAUACCCCAGUGUACAUGUAAGACAUUUUUUCUUCUUCAAUUAAUCUGAUAGAUAUUGAUAGAUAUUUUGUUGAUUCCUUAUCUUGGGUAUUGUGAAAAAUUUUGGAGUGAUUAUGGGAGUACAAAUACUUCUUUGAGACCAUGAUUUCAUUUAUUUUUGGUAACUAUCUAGAAAUGGGAUUUUUAUCAGAAAUAGUAAUUCUUUAAAAUUUUAUGUGGGGAGUCGCUUCCAUCCUGUCUCUGUAGCAACAUUUACAUUCUCUCCAACAUUGCCCAGGGUUUCAGGUUCCGGUACGUUUUUUUUUUGUUUGUUUGUUUGUUUUGUUUUGUUUUGUCACAGUAGCCAUCCUAACAAGUGUAUAGUGGUGUCUCAUUGUAAUUUUGACUUUAUUUUCCUAAUGACCAAUGAUGUUGACUGUCUCUUCAUACAUUUCUUGGGUUUUGUAUGUUUUGGUUAGAAAAAUAUGUAUAUAAAACAAAAAUUUAAAUGGAGAAUAUAUUAUCAGCAGUUAAGGAUGAUUUGUUAAGUGGGUAUUGAGCCACAUUGUGAACUGAGAAUUGAGCUACCUUGAGAAGGAUAUUCAGUACUUUUUCAGUACAUUCAGUACAAAAUUUUAAAUAAUUAUUACAUCAAUGUGUGACAUGAAGAGACAUUUUAAUUCAAAUCCUUACCUUCAUCUGAAUUUUUGAGAAAAUUAAAAAAAACCCUUUUAUCAAAACUAUUAUUUGCUAAGCAUCUUUAUUUUGGAUUAUAAUCUCAUUCUUACAUUUGGAUAUUUUGUAUUUGUAAUUUAGAUAUUGUGAUGAACUAAUUGGCUUCAAAAGACAAAAUAGAAACAACUCUCUUAAGUAUAAUUUUCUGUAUAUCUUCAUAGAGCUGAAAAAUAAUAGCAAGUAAGGAGAGAAAAAUUAAUUCUGAUUUGGUUUAGAUUUUUAUGAAAUGUAACUUACAAAACAGAGUACUGUACAUAUUUAAGCACAGCAUGUUUUACCAUAUGUGACUUUAAGCAAUAAUAAAUUAUAAAUAGCCCUGUUGCUUACUACUCGAUUAUAGGCAAAACUAUAUUAUAAUUUAAAUUAAAGUUCCAGCAGAUUACUACUACAGUAAAAUUUCAUGACGGUUCAACCUCUCUAAUAAAGAAAUGCAAAUGAAUCUUCAUAAUAUUAAAUGUGCUAAAAUAUAAUACUGUAUACAUUGACAGUGCUAAAACAUAAUACAUAAUAGGGACAAGAGUCCAGGGAAUGGAAGUCAUACCCAUAGUGGGAAAGCAAAAUGCUUCAAUCUUUUUGGAAGAUAUUUAGAUUGUAUAUAUUAAUAUUUAUAUUCUCUGAUUCAGAAAUUCUAUUUUAAGGCUUUUUGAGGAGAUUGUCAGAGUGCUACAUAAUUAAAUAUGUGAAUGGUUUUAUCAUAGAAAGAUUUAAAAUCUAAAAUUUUUUCAAAGACCUAAACUCUAAAUCGUAAUGAUAUAAUGAAAAAUAUUUUGGUUGGGUUAUAUAAUUACCAUACUGUAUGUUCAUUUAAGAUUACAUUUUGUAAUUUAUUUACUGAUUUUAUAAAAUAUCACUAGUAUAACAAAGUGUAUUUAAAACAGUGGAACAGGAGAUUGUAUUUUGCAUGCUUUCACCAUUCUGUGUUUUUAACAGUGUAUGUAUGUAUGUACAAGAAAAAUGAUACAAAUGUAUCAAAAUAUUAAAAUUGAUAGCCAUAAUUUAAUGGUGUCAUAUUUUUAAUGUUUCCUCUUUAUAUGAAUUUAACCUUCCAAGAUUUUUAUUAUUAGCAGAUGUUCUUCUAAAAGUUUAAAAAAUUGUUUAAAACAACUGUAACAAUUUGAUCAAAGAACAUCUAUGAAAAUGUAUGUAAAUUUUUGUGAUUAAAGUCUUGCAUACUUUUUUCCUGUGAACUGAGCUAUUGUUGGAUUUAUGUUAGUAAAAUAAUAUUCACUAACUUGUGCAUUCUCUGUGGUAUGGCAUUUGAGAAACUCAUAAAUUUAAAGAGCAUAAUUAUGUCAGUGAAUUGAAAUUAAUGAAAUGGCAUCCCACGCAGGCACCAUAAUUUGCAUAUUAAUUUCAGUUAAUGUUUUUAUGGAUGCGACAGACUUAUCUUAGUCAUAUCUGAUAAAAGAUGUAACAGGUUGUGAAACACCCAAAUGUUGAGCUGUGGUUCCAGUAGAUUCUCAGUAUUCCAGAACACACUUUUGGUGUUAGUUUCUGUUUGGCACUUGGAUUUUAGUUUACUUAUCUUUUGUUGUUUACUUAAAAAUACAAAUAUAUUUUGCCCAUAACUGGAAAGAAUGCUGUACGUAUUGAAUUAUUUACUUUUAUUUACAAAUAAGAUACACUUCCUUCCUGUGUUUCAUUUCAUAUCGCCUUUUUUCAUUCUCUCUUUUAUCUCUUGGUGAUUAUUUCUCUUUUGUCAUUUCUCGGUUUUGGUUUUUAUUUUGAUUUUAGGUUUUUAAUUUAUCCUACUUCCUCCCUUUUAAAAAUUAGUUUAACUAGUUCUGUGUCUCAUUGAGAGUUUUAAGGAACCAGUUUUAUUUAUUUAUUUUAAUUUUAUUUAAAAGGAAAAAGAGAAAAAACAAAACAAAACAAAGCAGUAUAAGGGUACAAGUAAUACAGAACUACAACAAAACAAAACAAAACAAAACAAAACAAAACAAAACAAAACAGUAAGAAAUCACCAGUUAAUAGAUUACACAUUAUCAUCUUAGAGAUAGUUGCUCAAGUCACAGUAUCAAAGCA